CUUUUUUUCACCUAUCACUCUUAGGAUGUGAAACAUUUUGUUCCUGUAGCAAACUUUACCUGACAUUCAAAGCCAAACAUUCCAUGGCAUGACAGAGCCCUAAAGGGAUUCCUUAUUAGCCAUUGGCUGCUAGCCCCCAUUUUCUGCAUGCAACUGGCUUUUUUUUCUAUUGAAACUUUAAGCCCCCUGUGCAAAACCCCGUGUUCUCAUAUUACAGCUCCAUCCCCCCAUGCAGUGCGAGUGGAGUGUCUUCAGACAGUACAUUGAGAGCAGUGUGUUCCUCUGCUGGCUGGGUGGAACAUGGCCGCUGCUGUCUAUGCUGGAUAUACCUCUUUGCUCCUGUUUCCCCUGUAUUGCUCCCUGCUAUGUGCAGCUGGAGAGGAGCUCAGUAUAGAAGAAGUCAUUCUCCCUGAGUCCUCCCUGCAGAAGCCCAGUGUCCUGAUCGCCAUCAUUGCCAGGAAUGCAGCCCACACACUGCCCUAUUAUCUGGGCUGCAUUGAUAAAUUGGAUUACCCCAAGAACAGGCUUGCUAUUUGGUAAGUGGACAUUACAUCAUGUGAUUUAGGUAAGUUGUGGGUCCCCCACCCCAGCAAUACCCACAUUGAGUUAAUGCUGCAGUGGCAUUGCUCAGCAGUGAGAAUGGAGUCUGAUACUGACACAUUGUUACAGUUCUGGAGUGUCUAAAAGCUAUAUCCUCACCUAAACUCUAGAUCCUUGGCUAAAUUCUCAAUGAGGCUGGCUAAGCAUAAUGAGAGUUGGAGCUGCAGCAGGGGAUCUAUGUUUCAGACACCUUUGCUUUGGGCGUUUGGUAUGUAUUUACUUGCCUAUGUUGUAUAUAUCCCAUUGAAUUAGUGCACAUGUUGAGUUUGAAGUUAUAAGUUAUGCAAUAGCAAUGUAUGCUGCCCUACAUCAGUACCACUGUCUGGCAUCACAUUCUGGUAUUGUGUUUAACUGAUAUCACUCUAUUGCUCAUUGCAAGUUGAUAGUACAAGGUAUGUAACACGUGUGGUUUAUUUACUAAAGAGUGCAUUGUGGAAGAAAACUGUAGUGGCAAAAAAUAGCUGAAUUAAAUAAUUUUCCAACUCAGUUAUAGUUAGAGCUUAGCAAUUGUAGCUUACAUUUCACAAUGCAGUUAUCACUUCACUACAAUGUUGUGUUUAGUGUACAAACACCAAGCUUCUAAACUGUGCAUUGUGAAUUGUGUGCUGCAAUAAAGUACAUGAAAUUGGUGCAGUGUAACACUGCAACAGUGUGACUGGAAUAUCCUAGCACCCCUCUCCCCACAUUAUAUACUUUAUUGAAAGAGCAUAUACAAAUAUACAAUCAAAAUAUUACUUGGAAUUUUUUAAACAAGUGUAAGUGUUGCAAACAUCACAUCCAUUAAUGGGACAAAUUUAAACAGUAGAAGAACACAAUAAAUAGGAAAUGAUGAUUUUGGGAGAGAGCAAUAAACAAAACUCUGUAGGAGUGUCAGAAAGCAGAGUUUGUAAAAAAAAUAAAAAAAAAAAAAAUAAUAAUUUCGAACUUUUCUAUAUCUUCCAAAGGCUUUGAAAACAUUUUAUUAUCCUAUAUAUCUAACAUUGUGUUACUUACAGUGAUUUUAUGUUUAAGGGUCUUUAAUGCCAUGUCACAUAUGUGGUAAAUGUGAGACAAAUUCUAUUCUAAAUUUUAAUUAGAAUUUUUUUAUAUAGGAAACAUAGAAACAUAGAAUGUGAGGCAGAUAAGAACCAUUCGGCCCAUCUAGUCUGCCCAAUUUUCUAAAAACUUUCAUUAGUCCCUGGCUUUAUCUUAUAGUUAGGAUAGCCUUAUGCCUAUCCCACACAUGCUUAAACUCCUUUACUGUGUUAACCUCUACCACUUCAGCUGGAAGGCUAUUCCAUGCAUCUACCAUAUUCCACAGCUCUGUACAUUGGGCAUCAUUCCAUCACACUCUAUAUGGGUUUUUCAUCAGAUGCUUAGUUUAUCCAAAAGUGAUUUAAAAAACAAAAACAAAAAAUCUUUCAUAGACCAGACAGAUUAAAAAAACCCCCAAAAAACAUAAAUAGAAAAAUCCAUCUGUUUCACGUACAGACUUGACUUUUUAAUUUCUCACAUUUACUGAAGCUUCCGGUUGCUGUGAAAUUCACUCAUUUGGAUUCUUAAGUCUUGUUGAAUGUGCCUGUUUGUUUCUAUUUGUCAAAUAAAGAUUCUGAUGAUACUUUUAUAUAGAGCGUGACAAACUGCAACCUAAUAGGCCACAUUCUGCCAGGCAGUUAUGGGAGUGUUGGGAGUAGGCUCCUGUUUUGUGAACUAAAAAUAAGAGCUACUUACAUUGUUGGAAGUAAAUAAAUCAAAUAUUGACUUAUAUUGAAACUUUAAUAGAGAUAAUAAGUACUCAAAAAAUAUAAAAAAGCACCAUGUACUUUCCCACUGUCCCGAUUUUCCAUGGAAAGUCACAAUUUGUGACUUGUAUGCUGCUGCUUGGAAUUUUGUACCAGCACCUAUUUUUGUUUUUAAAAAAGACUCAAAUUUUGCUAAUGUGCUAGUAAAAACGACUUACUUAUCAGGUAUUUAAUGAUUUAGUUAUUAUUUAGCAUUUUUUUUUUAUGUUCGUUUUUUUUCCGCAGGAACAUCUCUAAAUGUAUUCUGAUAUAGGAUCCAGUGCCCAAAAACAAAAUAUAUGGAAUUUUUUUUACAAAUGUUGCCAAAUGGCAGGAGAGGAGAAAGUAAUUCCACUAAAACUUUCCAACACUGUAUAGCUUUGUGAAGAAUCUGUACUCUUUAGAACAGCGAGUAAUAUUCAGGCUAAUAUAUCAAUGAAACAAAAAAAGACACAAAAAGUAAACCCUGUGAAGCCCCUCUUUCUGCAGACAUGUUUUUUCAAUUUCACAGAUGUCAAAAUUCUUAAAAGAGGUGCUCACACAUUUUCCACUUAUAAGACAUAUGUAUUAUUUGUAGCCCUGAUUACAACAACCAGGGAGCAAGAAAAGAGACCGCUCCAAGUCUGUCUAAUUAUCGUCUCUAACAAUAUAUAAUUAUAAUAAAAUAUAACUUGAUGGUUAUAAAGAUUGCUGAUACUGCUAAAAGUUUGAAAAGUAUCCUAGCUGAAAAGGAAGCUGACUUAGAAUUGUUCCAUUUCAGCAAUUUUGGUCUAUAUUUUGGAAUUUGGUUUUCCACUUACCAAAAUUCACAGUUUAAUGGUAAUUUAAAUGUUUAAUUGGGCAAGGCACUAGAACCCUACUGGUAACACCAAUCGCAAGAUCUCUAAACCACCGGCUCACAAUCUAUGGAGGUUCCAUUUCGUUUACCCAUUAAACAUUGCUGUGGAGUUUUUGGGCGCUUUAAAUUGGAUCUGUCACUUUUGGGGGUCUUUACCCAUUUGCAAAGACUUUCAAAAGUGACAGAUUUGAUGUGGGUUCCGUGGCCACGGGUUGCAGGGUAGGUAAUGCCUCACGGAUGCCACCAUCUUUGUCCAUGUCAGCUCUGUACUCUCUUUGUACAGGAUCCUACAGGCUGGGAUCAUUGGUGACCUCAGGAUUGGUGAAGUUGGCUAUAUUUUUAUUUUAUUUGUUUUUAAGUCAUGUAUAAAUAAAUGCGCUGUUAAGUUUUAUUGUAUUGGCGUCCUGCACUAUUUGCCUCCAUCUUUAUUAUACAGAGGUUCUCCCUUGGCAUUUGAAAAUGCCAACCUCAGAUUUGUCCAUAAGACAAAGUAGUCCAUACUUUGUCUUAUGGUAUCUUUGGAUUGCGUUGGAAUCUUGAUCAGUAUUUCAUAAAGAAUAUAUAUUUAUGAUAUACUGAAAUGUGACAGAUCCACUUUAAAGGACCUCUAAGGUCACCCAGGCCAUUUAAUCUACUUGGUGCAGAGGUGCAGUCAUUUUAACCCUGCAAUCUAAAACAUUGCAGUUUUUUUUUUAGAAACUGCAAUGUUUACAUAGCAGGAUUAAAGGGACACUAAAGUCAUCAGAACAACUACAGCUAAUUGCAUUUGUUCUGGUGAGUAGAAUCAUUCCCAUCAGGCUUUUUGCUGUAAACACUGUCUUUUCAGAGAAAAUGCUGUGUUUACAUUACAGCCUAUUGAUAACUCCACUGGCCACUCCUCAGAUAGCUGCUAGAGCUGCUUUCAUGGGCAGUCCUGCUAAUAUGCAUCACAACAUUCAGUAUCUCCUCCCUCUGUAUGCAGACACUGAACUGAUUCAAUUCAUCUCUAUGAGGAGAUGCUGAUUGGCCAGGGCUGUGUUUGACUUGUGCUGGCUCUGCCCCUGAUCUGCCUCCUUCACAGUCUCAGCCAAUCCUAUGGGGAAGCAUUGUGAUUAGCGCAGACAGCUUGCUAUUCUGAGGCAGACAGGGGCAGAGCCAGCAGCUUCAAGCUUGAAUACAAGUAAGAUUGUACUAUAUUUAGGGAGGCAAGAGAGGGCUAGGGGGGCUAGAUGGUGGUUUUAACACUAUAGUGUCAGAAAUAUAUGUUUGUGUUCCUGACCCUAUAGUGCUCCUUUAAAUUCACUUCUGUUGGCUGUCAUGAUGCUUCUGCGGCACUGUUUGAGUAAAGGUCAGUCACGUGAUGUGGAAGCUCCCAUAUGAAAGCAUUGAUGUUUGCCGCGUAUGCACAUCAGGUCCUCCAUGGGGAGAACUGUAUUGGACCAAAUAUGGAGGAGGCCAUGCCACCCUCAUGACAUCACAGGAUACAAAUGGCCUUGGUUUUGGAAAAAAUUUAAGUAAACAUUUCACUCUAUUUUUUUGAAUGCGCACAUGGGUCGGGGGGGACCUAUAUUACUGGGGACAGUGACACUAAAGCAUUAAAGGGAUACUAUAGUAACAGGAAUACAGCUGUAUUCCUGACACUAUUGAUCCCCCUGCCUCCCCCCGCCCUCGCGCACCUCCGCCCGGGUAAAUAAAGGGUUAAAAACCCUUUAUUUUCUUACCUGAUCCCAGCACUGAUGUCUCUCGGCACCAGGCCUUCAACUGCCGCCAACGUCCCAUGACAAGCAGGCGCUAAUGCGCAUUUGCUGCAAAUGCUGUGUGCACAUUAGAUCUCCCCUGCUUUCCUUAGGGGAAAAAUCUGACGCUGGGUGUCCUCAUGUAGAGUGUGAGGAUGUUCAGCGUCAGAUACCGGAUCUAAUGUCUGUUUCAAUCCAGGAAGCCCUCUAAUGGUUGUUGUGUAGACAGCCACUAGAGGCUGACUUAGUGCUGCAAUGUAAACAUUUGUUUAACAUUUUCAGCACUUUUUAUGAAACCAAGAGCUCUUUUGUAGUUUUUUUCUCCUAUUUUACUCUUAUAUUGUCUGUUAUUUGUAACAAAGCAUGAUUUAAUGUCACAUUCUUGGAAAGAUCCCUCCUACCCUCCCUCCCCCCCAUGUUGUAACUUUGUAAAGUUAAAUGUUCCAUCUUAAAUAGAUGAUCAUUUGGUCUUCUUUUACUAAGUAUUGUAUUUAUUAAAACUGUGUCCUUUUAUUUCACUUUAUAACUAUGUUUCUUUACUGGCUGGAGAAGAUGAAGAAGUUGAUACAUCUUGAAUUUUUCCCUAUCCCUAGAUGUUCAGAAUUUGAAAAAUAAUACAACAAAAAACAAACUACAUAACCCUACUGCUGAACAGUAGUAGAUUUAAAGGGAGUCUGUGCGCCCCUCAUCAUGUCUGAAAAAUCCACAUUACAUCAUAGAUUGAAUAGGCUCCAGCUCCCCUGUAAAAAAAAUUAAAAAAUUAAAAAAAAAUAUUUAAAGAAAGAACCAGUUGGGCAGUAUUGCUCUUAAUCGUAAGCAAUACGUAAAAUAAAACAAUAUUUAUUAUAUUUUACACCCACAAUAUUUUUUCACUAAACAGCAAAUUAAGAAAAUUUUCAUGUGUAUUGCACAUUUUUGAAUAAACUACCAAAACUAGAAACAUCUCCCCAACUCAGUUAUUUUUCCAUAUCAGCUAUUGUGGGAUACAGUGCCCAAUUCCUUUGUCAAUUCCACACAGCAAAUAUUAACUGUUAACAAUUUUGUACUAUGUGUACUGCCAUCAAAAUUGUUUCUGUGAUGUGGCUUCUCUACAGAAUUCUUUUGCCAUUUAUCCAAAUACAAGCAUGUCUAUAUGUAGUGUAAAUGGUCCUGACCGAUGCCACAUAAACCCUGGACAGUCAGUAAAAAUAUACAAGGCAGCGUUUCAUUAAAUUAGAUGCUUAUGGAAAUUAUAGAACAUUCUGUACUUUAUCUGUUUAACAGCAAGCAUGUGUGCUUAGGAACACUUUCUAUAGUGCAGUCUUCACUGACAUCACCUAACACGGUGCUGGGACUCCAAAUCAUUCUGAAUUACAUUUCCCAAAAUGCUUAGCCAGCCUCCAGAGUUUGUCAAGAUUAGCCAUAACCAAUGUAAGCUAUUACUUUACCCACAAUGCAUCAGGCUGUAAACUAUAAAUGUCGCUUUUGAGUCGUAUAAUUUCAGUGGCAGAAUUGAUAGCUUUUUGAGUUCUUUUUAAGGGUUCUUGCAUAAUCAGUAUUGUGUGCCAAAGACCACUGAUGUUUUGCAUGUUCUGUAUUAUGAAACAUGAGGAAUCACUAAAGAGCUUUAGUUACAUCCCCAUCGUGGAGCACAAAAGGGGGCAUAUAAGUAGGUAUUUAAUGAUUAAACAAGAAACACAUAUGGGGACAAUAUUUCAGCACUAAAACUCAAGAAAUUUAAAGAAGAUACAUUUUCUUGGGAAAAAAAAGACUAGUAUUUUAAAGCAACAUUUAUUGAACUUGAAAUAAUUAAAGGGAAACUAUAGUGUCAGGAAAACAAACUUGUUUUCCUGGCAGUAUAGCUUCCCCCUCUGUCAAGGCCUCUGUAAUAACCCCUUCUGUCACUUACCUGCGACCAGCGCCGAUGUCCCUUGGCGCUGGCUCAGCUCCGCCCAUGCUCCUCUCCGCAGACGUUAUCAGGUGGUGGAGACCUAAUGCAAUGCCCGUGAUCGCAAUAGUAUUUCCCCAUGGGAAAGCAUUAUUCAGUGCUUUCCUAUGGGGAUUCCGGUGAUGUUGGAAGUCCUCAUGCAUAGCGUGAGGAUGUUCAGCGUCAUUUAGACGACCAAAAGUCGCCUAUCCACCCAGAAGUCUCCCUAGUGGCUGUCUAGCAGACAGCCACUAGAGGAGGAGUUAAUCCUGGCAGGUUGUUAUUGCAGUUUAUAAAAACUGCAAUAAUUACACGCUCAGGGUUAAGGGUGAUGGGAGUUUGCACCCAGACCAAUUCAAUGAGCUAAAGUGGUCUGGGUGCCUACAAUGUCCCUUUAGUAUUUUAUUUACUGUAGCUAUGAGUCUUUGGGUGCCAUCUCCCUCUUUGUUUUGUUUUUUUCAUACUGUUUUUAAAGGAAAACUUCAACACGGGUGUGGAUUAAAAAAUAAAUAAAUCUACUUAUUAAGGGAAUGAAUCAGUAGCCCAAUCUACUUUCCGUUAUAAAAAGUUACAUGUCCUGACACAAAAUAAUUUCAGUUACAAAGAUUGGGACCCCUGGACAAUGACAGCUAAACUCUGGAUCUUCACAAAUGAAAUCUGAAUGGGAAACACGAAGACAAAAAUAGCUAAUCUGGAUACAUUUUCUAACUCCGCUAUAGUUACACCACUGUUAUGUUUGCCUCAGUUUUGCAAUUUUGAUUUAUAUUACACAAAAUCUGAGUAUUUGAAUUACCCUGAGUGUCUCUUCCUCUGCUCCCUCCCACAGUCCAUUCCUUUGAUAUAGUGUGUGGUGAGUGCAACUGUGUUUGAUGUGCACUGGCUGUGUGUUAUGUGUGUGCUGAUAGUGUGAAAACUCUGCGUUCUGGCUGUAUGUGUGUAUAGUGUGUUUUGGCUGUAAGUGUGUGUAGUGUGUGUUGGCUGUAUAUGAUGUAUGGCUUUUUCUGGCUGCAUGUGAUGUAUGUAUGGUAUGCUGGAAGCAUGUGAUGGAUGUGUGUGAUGUGUGUGUGUGUGUGGUGUGCUCUGGGUGUAUGUGAUGUGUGUGCCGGAUGUCUUGUCUAAUGGCUAAAAGAAAAUCUGGAGAUUAACAGAAAUUGCAGUAACUUCAAAGGGGUGUAUCUUUUUUUUUUUUUUUUAAACGUUGUAAAUGUAUCAAUUUAAUUAAUUAUUUGCAUUCUGUUAUAUAUUGAUUUGUAUUAAUCAUUACCUCUAUAAGACAACCCCCUAACUGUCAGUCAGCCAAUCCAGAAAUUACUUACAAACACUGCACACGGAGUAAAGAAGGUUCUGACUGGAGAUUGCUACUCAUGGUUCAACUGUUCGCAAAACAUUACCCAGUUCACUAAAUGGGGAACUGGACUGUAUGCAAACUGACAGCUGCCCAUGUAUAGAUAUCAAUUUGCAAUGCUGUUCCAAUCAUUGUAUGUGAUGACUGGCACUGUGGAUGGGUUAUAAACUCCUUUCCUUAUAAUCCUGCUGGACUGGGCUUUAAAGGCAUAAAUCCGCCUUGACUGAACAGAAUGUGACACUGCAGGAUGCGAUUUUGUUUAUUUGUAAUUGUUUUCAUUAAUUAUUUUGCAAUAUUAUCUGUAUAAUUGAAAAUAUGAGCUUUUGUUCAAAAGGACGCUAUAGGCACCCAGACCACUUUAGUACAUUGAAGUUGUCUGGAUGCAGUGUCCCAGGUCCAUUAACCCUGUAAUUGUAAUUAUUGCAGUUAGUAACUGCAAUAAUUACCUUGCAGGGUUAACUCCACCUCUAGUGGUUGUCUACCAGACAGCCAAUAGAGGUGCUUUUGGGUGGUCAGUCGACUCAUGCUAUGCAUGAGGAUAUCCAGCGUCAUCUAAAACCCCAUAGGAAAGCAAUGAGCAGUGCUUUCCCAUGGAUUAGUCCUAAUGUGAGAACGGCACUCGCCGCAUAUGUGCAUUAACCCCCCCCCGUGCCCCCGCUGGCUGACGUUGGCGGAGGAGGAGCCUGACCCAGGUAGUCAGGUAAGUGACAGAAGGAAGGGGGGCAUUUCAUAGCACUAUAGUUUCCCUUUAACUGUACAAUCCCUUUAAACUCACACUUUACAUCAGCACUUUCAGACAUUUUUUGACAGUGAAAUAGUCAAAGGAAAGAGGAAUGGCUUUUAUUAAAAAAGAGAAAAACUAUAUUCCAUCUUUAUUUAAUAGAAUAACAUUACAGUAUGGAAAGAAAUCGAGACACACCUGUUUAUUAAAUCUGAGUGUUAGGAUCUUUCAUCCUGUCCUCUAUAGGGACUGUUGAACUAAUCUCAGAGCUAAAAUUAUUGAUCAAGAUGUUAUGGAACCUGUGGCAAAAUAGGUGCACUUUUACUGACCUCGGAAAACACUGCAUUCCGUCUACAAAACGCACAAUCUUUAGCCAACUUCUGAAGGAGAGUCAGUUAAAAAGGUAGUUUGGGUUUCCUUCAAGAUGGUUGCUUAAGGCUGUAACUUUAUAUACUCACUAGUAGUCGUCUAUCGAAAAAAUGUAACCCAAAGAACAGAAACAGAUUUAUGAUAAAAAAAAAAAAUCUGACUUUAAGUUGUGUUGCCGCUUAUGGGGUCCUUGCAUUUUUUGCUCUCCCCCCUGCCCCCACCGAGAUAACCUUUAUUUCUUUAUUUGUUAUGGUGGCAUCCGUGGGUGGAAUAGUAAAUAAAGUUUAACUACCUGAUGCUGUCUUCAUCAUGGAUGUCUUCAUCUACCAAGAGUUGUGUCAAUUUUGUACUCUCGCUCACAGGAAAUAGUCCAAACAGAUAUUUGUAGAAGGGAUCUUAACAUAAAUCUUUUAUGGAUGCACAAUUAAAUGUCACACAUCUACACUGCAUCUCUCACGAUGAUGCAUGUUGGAAGCUGCACCCCUUGCUACAUUUGUCCAAAAAUCGGAUCCUAUAUGAGAGAAAGUAGUCUCUACUAAUGAAUAUGUUAAAAUAAAUUCAAAUGUAGUCAGUAGAAUAUAUCUUUAUGCAGGGAAGGAUUAAAAUCCUUCCUGACCACAAUUUGACACUGCAGGAUGCAACUGUUUUUAUUAUUUGUAGUUGUUUUCAUUAAUUGUUCUGCAAUAUUAACUGAAUAAUUGAAAUUAUGAGUUUUUGUUUAAAGGGACACUUUAGCCAUCCGAACCAUUUCAGCUCACUGAAGUGGUCUUGAUGCACUUGAUCCCAGUUCCAUUAUCCCUGCAAUUGUAAUGAUUGCAGUUAUUGAUUAACUGUAAUAAUUACAUUGCAGGCAUAAAUCCACCUCUAGUGGCUGUCUAAAAGACUCAUCUUUUAAGAAUGUUUCAUUUUUUUUAAGGGGGUUUCUUUUUUGCCCAUCCCCCUUUGGCGUUAAAAUAUGUAUGUUAAAGAAUAAUUAAUUGCCUUGUUACUUAUCUUGUUUCUAAUUCCUACAGCCUACAGCUCUUCCUCUGGUGAUACCAGCAUCCAAGCUAGUAUCACCAGGAGUCUCAUCAUUUCGGCUGUGCCUCAUAGAACUGUCAGCAGCAUUUGAUUCCAUGGCCUAGUUCCAUUUAGUUCUGAAGGAGGAAGCGCCUCUAGUGGCUGUUUGUAGGAUUGAGAUGAAUGGUCUGGGUGGCUUUGGUGGUCAUUUAUGAGUGUAGUUCAUAUGCUGUCAGUUCUAAGUAAGUGAAUUAACCUAUUUCAAAAUCCCUACCAAAAGCAUAGGAACCCCAUCUUAGAACGUGUUGUAUAGAUUACAUUCUUUCCAUGGGGUAUAGAAUUAACUUUGCAUGUGAUUAAUUCUAUGAAUCCCUUAAAUGAAUACCAAGGCUGUUUCCACAUGUGCUGGACUUCUUCACCCGCCUAACACCCUGGAAGCUGUUUAAGACUAUACUAAACAUUCUGUUACUUCUUUUCAGGUAAUGCAAAUAUAAUUUUGGUAUGCAUCCCAUUUGAGAGCUGUUAAUGGCAAGUUAGUGACCAAGCUUGUUUCCCUUGCAUCAGCUGCACGUGUUGAGCAUUGCAUUUCAGUAUAAGAGACUUGUGUGCUGCUUAAAGGGAUUCUACAGUGUUAGGAGUACAAAGCUGUUUCUCAGGAAGAUGUCCAUGAGAGGUCUUGGCGCAUACACACUUGAAAUGCUUUUUGCACACCAAGAAAAAAAAAAUGAAAAUAGUAUUUAUCUCUGAAGGUAUCAGCGUACCAUAAAAAAGAAAGGACAGCAGUAUACAUAAAAAAAAAAAACAUUAAAAAUGAAAUCUUGAUUCCUCCUUCACACUACAUCAAAGGAAAAUGUGAAUUGAUGGCCAUGUAGUUUGUUUCAAACAAGAGAUGUAUUUGUAAUUCUGGACAUUAUUUAUCUCAUGCUUGUUUUUUUUUGUUUUUUUUAUAUUUAUAAUGUCUGAAGUCAUAGCGUCUGCUUGGCAACCACAGGUGCUCAACUGUUCUUCCAAGCCAAUAAAAUAUGUCCUUGCCAAGACGUACUUUGUCAUAAUUGUAUGUCAAUUACAUAAUCCUCUGCAAAUGAACCCCACCUUCAUAAGAGAAGAAAAAAACAAACCUGUAAAUCACUAUAGCAGUGGUUUUCAGCUGGCAAUUAAUUAAAACUAAUAGGUUGGCAAGAAUAAUGCAUGUGUCCUUAGCAAGUCUUUCAGUAAAUGUGAUAUUUAUUAUGCUGAUAGGUGUGCCUCUGAAUAUUUUUCUCUCAUUCAAGUGUGUUGUGGUCCAAAUAGAAUUGAGAACCACCACACUAUAAAUUACUGCAAUUUUACUAUAGAUUAAAGUAUUUAUUUAAAUUGUUACUCGAAGAACCAUUAACCCUCCAGUAAUUUGAAGUGGUCACGGUGCCUGUUCGUAUGCGCUGUGUUUCACCACCAAACUUUGCACAUAUGGAGUUUAACCUCUUUGCUGCUGGAGGUAUAGCUUCUAUACUCAGAUUUGCAUUAACUGAAUGAGAAUAAAUUGCAUUCAUAGCUGGCAGGAUUGGCAUUGGGCUCCUGCAGCUCUAUAGAAGCAAUAUACACUUCUUGGGUCAUAGAGGCCUCUUGACACCUGGUGAGGAACCAGGUAAGUAGGAAAACUAUUGCAAAAUGGUUAACCUCAUUAAACAUGGCACUAUAGUGGCAUGUUGUGGUUUUGAUGCUUGGAGUAACUGUUUAAGUCUUAGCAAAACACUAUAGUGUCUGGAAUUAAAAACAUAUAUUCCCGAUAAUCACGUCCUGACUUGGCUGUUUAGGUGUCCGGACCCCUCCAAUCUCAGUAACAAGGUUUAUUCCCAGCUUGCCCCUCCUGACUCUGCCUUCGUGGCUGAGAUUAUCAAUCUUGAUGAUCUCAUUUAACCCAAUACUAUCCAAUAGAAACACAUUGGGUGGCAAAAUGCUAAGUUGCACAAUUGAAUCAAUGCAUCUCUAUGGUGAACACUCAGUGUCUCCAUGCAGAACAUUUUUCACUGAAUCUUCUCUGCAGCCUGGUCCAACCCCACUGAAGUUAUCAGGCUUGUUGAUCAAUUUUCCAAUCAAAUGCUGCUCAUAGAAAAGCAUUGUGGACUUAAUGUGCAGCAAUGCUUCUCUAUGAGGCAUCAGAGGACAUUCAACGUCCCCAUGUAAUGAUGGAGGACAUCAAACAUCAAGCAUUGAGUCUGACUUGGUUCUCACUGUGCAUGCACCUUCUAGUGCAGGAGUAGACCACCUUCAGCACUCCAGAUUUUGUAUGCCCAUCACAUCUUGAGUGCCUAAGGUUGUCGACCUCCAAUUUUGUGGCUCUCAGUGUAAUAGGCACUAAUGAUUUGUUUGAAAAACACAAAUGUUUUACAUUGCAAGAGCAAACCGUCAGGGCCACAGCACCCAGACCACUUCAUUGAGAUUGAAUAGUCUGGGUGCUCAUAGUGGUCCUUUAUGAAUGUUAUGUAUUUAAACAUUUUUGUGCUUCCUGUCCUAAGAAACUACAAUUUCCAAUGGGCACAUAGCAGUGAUAAAAGUAAGCCUCUAAUUCUUAUAAGCGCACACACAUUCACACACACACUCACACACACACACACACACACACACACACACACACACACAAACUCACUUUUUAAUUUAUUUUCUUUUUAUUAGUAGUACAAAAAAGGUCCAAAGAACAGCACGGUUGUGAUACAUAGAUUAUUCUGAUUUGCAAUAGUUAAACAAAACAUUAAUAAUGGAUAAAACAUGUUACAUAACAUGUAAAACCAUUUCCUUUAUCUCGUACUAGAUGUUUUAAAUAUAAAAGAAAUCAAGGCUAUAACGCAGGGUACAGCGAUUAUUGAACAAAAAUGGAAAAAGGAAAAUAAUACAUUUCUUCUUUUUCUAAGCAAUAAAAAGCCAGGGCACUUAUACUGCUCAAAGGAGAGUUCUGUAUUCUUGAGAAGAGAAGAAAAAUAGUAAUUAUUUUCAGGUGUGCAACGAUAAAAAGUUGCAAUAUCUAUAUCACUCAGAAUUCUAUAGUUGUUGAGUAUAAAAGGUGGGGAAAGGAAACAAUUAGAGUGAAAGAAAAACAAAAUGAGUAUUUUAAAUAUAUUGAAGAAACAUGGGUAGGAUGUUUGAGAGAAGAGAAGACAGUAAGAGAAAAUAGUUGACUAGCAGCAUCGAGAAAGGGGGAAGAAUGGGAGAGAGGGGAACAAACAUGCAAUAUUAAAUAAUAAAAAAAAUACACACAAUGAGCAUUCAAUCAUAAAAAUAUGAAAAAAAUCAUAUGUUUUAUGGUACGAUUUGAUUGUUAAGCACAAUUCAGCCUCUCCUCAAAACAACUUCAUGUUAAUGACUUUUUGUUGUUGUUGUUAAUCUUUCUUUUAUUAAGGCACAUGAGUUGGGAUACAGAAUGAAGAAAGGGAAAUAUACAUGUCGAAUACAAGAUAGGGAUAUCACAGCAUUAACAUUAACAUGCAUGAUUAACAUUUCUUAGAUAGUAAUGCCUCAUUUUUUAUUUUUAAAGUAGUUAGAAUUUAAGCACGCUUGACUGUUAUGUCAGGUAGGUCAGACGUGGGUAGGUGCACAGGGGUAAGAUAGAGACAGUGGCGUACAUACCGCGGUCGUAGGGGGUCGAAUUGAUUUUUUGGUAUUAUAUUUAGCUUUUUAGGCGUCUGAUAAAGUUUGUACUCCUAUUAUUCUAUUUUGUUAUAUUAUACACAUGUGGUCUUUUCCACUGUAUUUAGUAUUUACAAAUAUAAAUCACACUCUUUUCCCUAGGUACAAAUAAUUCGGGGCUUGGCAACAAUGAGCUGUAUUGUAGAAACUAAGAGACAAACCCCUAAUUCUAUUACUAUAAUAUAUUCAAACUGUUAUUUUUUGAUAAUGUGUUUUGAUUAGUACAUGUUUGUUUACCUGUUGCAGGGAAAUUAAAAAUAAAUAAAUAAAAUAAAACAAAACAAAAGCACAAGAUGUUGCUCAUUAUAGAAUAAAGAUGUGUGAUGUAAUAUAGUUCUGUUUAUUAAACUUUUUCUAAUUUUCCUAUUUAUAUUUUAAAUAUUUUUAAGGUUUUGAAUACGGUAUAUCUCCUAAGUUCCCCUAUUAGGAGGAUCAGUCCAUAUUUUGAGCUUAAAUUCCUCUGUCCCUCUUUUCUAAAAGUCCCAUAUUGUUGUACCCGAGUGUAUAACAGAGCUCCACAGUAGUGAUUUCUGCAGUAAUGUGUAUUUUAACUAAAAUAAAUGUGUUCAGAAUUCAGUCUGUGUAAAUAAGACACAUUGUUUGUGGUCUAAAUUACAUUUUAAUUGCAUAAAUUGCUAUUCGUAAUAAACCUAAAAUUUCUCAGAACAGCCCCACCACUGGCCUCUUACUCACACUCAACAUUGUGUUUAGAUCACUGGUUUCCUUCUGACCAAUUCAAAAUGACGGAAGAUCCUGCAAAUUUGCUGCUCUGUGUAUUGUAUGGAGAAUUUUUGCCUCCAGUAAAGUGUGCUUUUAAUUCAUUUGUAGGUUUUAUUCAUAAAUAGCAGGAGAAGACAAUAAGGGUGACGUUGAGUAGUGGGGUUCCUUAAUGCCACCCAGCAGAAGGGCGGACAGAGUAAAUGUCCAUAUACAAUUGCCGUAGUGUGGGCCAGGACUUGGGCCAGUGGGAAUUAAAAAGAAACAAAAAGAGAGAAGGGGAAACAAAAAUCAGUGACUACGGAGAGGUAAAAAGUACUAUUGAAGGUGUUUUAGGCAAAUAAAGGUCAAGCAUAAUGGGCGGAUAAUAAAGAUUGGAAUGAAAAUGUAUAUAAGGGAAUGGAAAGAUACUAAAGAAAUCACAGUGUGGAAAAUUAAAUGAAGGGCCGAAAUAAAUUGGUGGGAGUGGAAAAAGAAAAGAAAAAUCAUUGACAAGUAUGGUGUAAAAUAAUAUUGAACUGUAACAUUUACUGCUUCUCCCCCCACAAUGGUUAUUAUCUGUUGGCCCCAUCUCUUGACUGACUUGCUGCCCCAUAGCCAACCAAACUGCCCUAUUCACCUUCUUUUGUUGCUUUAGUUGUAGCCACCAAAGAUAACUGUUUUUCCUCAUUUGCAUUUGGGUUUUAUUUCUCUUUAAAUUAAGAACAGGAAAAACCUAAAAAGAUUUGAUUGGUAUAGAAAAUGCAGUUGUAACAUCUGUGGAUCAUUACCUAGAGUUAGAACGCCCAUUGUGUCCCUAAACUAUUUCAGUGGGCCCCCACGGGCAUCCUAUUCAUUAGACUCUAAGCCAUCUAUGUUAUUAUAAUAAAUUGUUCACUGCAGAAGACUUGCUUCCCCAUGGGCAUUAUGUAAUACUUUUAAAAAAGUGGAGCGUCUGAAGGAACACUAUAGCAUUAGAAAAGCAAAUAUGUAUUUCUACCGUUAUAGUGUUCUUGUCCGUAGUUCCAUGUAGCCCGCCCCCCAUGCCCCCUGUGCCAUAAAAUUUAAUAGCAUCCAAAUUUUACUUACCUUUUACAGCGUCGAGGCUCUCUUGGAGAUACUCACCUCUCAGUGUCCCUCUCGGAACGUCCUUAAUAAGGCAUGGCCUCCUCCAUCAUAGAGGAGCAUUGGGGACCUGAUGUGCAUGUGCAAUAAACGCUCAUCAAAGCUCCCCAGUAGGAAAGCUUUGUGCUUUCCUCUGGUUUUCUGCAUCACGUGAUCAAGUUUUACAUGGUCAGAUCUGCGGAAGUUUCUCUAGGGAGACAGCCACUAGAGGUGGAUUUAACCCUGCAAUGUAAACGUUGCAGUUUCUAAAAAAACAAGCAAUGUUUUACAUUGAGGCAUUAAAUGGACAGAGCCAGUGGUGUACAUACCGCGGUCGUAGGGGUCACAGCUGCGACCGGGCCCAUCACUCCAUGCCCUGCGGACCCCUGCGACCCAUGCUGUUAGGGCAACCCGAUGGAGAUUAAUUUCCAGCUGGGAGGAAGUGACUGCCCGUCAGAGCAGGAACUCUGACUUCCACCAGCCUGAGCCACCACUGGACCCCAGCGAAAGUCACCCUCCUGCACCUAAUAGGUAGGAAACAGGAGGGUGACUUAAACAUUUUGUGUUUGUGUGUAUGUGUAUGUGUCUGUGUGUGUAUGUGUGUGUGUGUGUAUGUGUCUGUCUGUAUGUGUGUGUGUGUCUGUGUUUGUAUGUGUCUAUAUGUAUGUGUCUGUGUUUGUGUAUGUGUGUCUUUAUAUGUCUCUGUGUGUAUGUAUUUGUGUCUGUAUGUCUGUGUGUGUGUCUGUCGGGGGAAGGAGGGGGAGUGGAUCACUUUCGCACCAGGACCCCAUGAAUUGUGUGUACGCCACUGGACAGAGCCACUGCACUCAGGGCCACAUUGCAUUAAGAUAAAGUGGUCUGGAUGACUGUUAUAUAAUUAAUUUUACAACUGAAAAAUUUAGCACUGACCUAAUUUUAAAAUUUAGGCUGACAUUUAACACAAUAGUGCUUCAGUUAAGGUUAAGAACCACUGUUUUAUAUAGACUAAAUCAUUUACUUUUUUUUUCUCAAGUAUUUUCUAUAAAAAUAAAAAGGUUAUUCAAAGGUAUCUUCAGGGAAUGUUUAAGGGUUCUUUUAGGGAAUGUAUAAUGUCAUUUAUGGCAACCCAGCGUACAAAAUAUUGCAUAAUCUUGCCAGAUUCACAUGUUGCUUGGCUUUUACUAUGUAGUAAUGCAAGAUGGGAGCACUAUUUAUUGGGUUAACUAAUCUCUGAAAUGAAAAUGUUAGUAGUGAAUGAAACAGAGAUCUUUACCGGCCCUAACCACUAAGAAGCCCAGUCUUUGUGCACAACCAUCUGGGUAUACAGACUUUCUAGGAAUGUAAACAUACGUUGCGCAUGGGGGAUAUACAUUGAGUAUUUGGAUUGAUAUAUGAGCCUGUCUUGAGGUUAUGUCCUAAUUGCAUGCAGGAUGAGCAGAAACCGGUAAAAGCGACAUAAUCUUACAAUACAAAGGUGAAUGGUGCCCUUUAAAGAACCAGAGCGUUGGAAUUCCCAACGUAACUGCUUAUUUAAGUCUUUGUUUUUAUAUAUAUUUUUUUUUAUAGACAUGCAUGAGUGUAAUGUAUUUUAGUGUUUUUUUAAUCUGGUCUCUAUCUAUGAUUUAGGUCAAGUGUUAAGUUUUUUUUUUUUUUUUAAAUACUACUGUAAUGAAAGCGUAAUCAUGUAUACUGUGCUUACUAUUCCCAUGAGACUUGACCUCUGAAUUGCCUUUAGUGAAUACGAAGAUUGUAAAUGUGGAUCAAAUCCAGGAAUUUUCACCUGAUUUUCCAACUCUGGGGUCAGUUUGGAAAUGAAUGAAUUCUUUUAUUCAUGAACCCACUCUCUGGUGUGAACUCUGGAAAAUCUCAGGGACUCAGAAGUGUAAUAAAGGUUGAUGGACCCACUAUUUUCUUCUGGGACCUUCCUGCUUAGUUCAAUAUGACAAGUGGUGCAUACAAAGUGCUUCCCUGCAAUGUGUACUAUCCAUAUGCUGCAAAAAGUUAAAUCAAUUAGCCAAGAAGGGAAUCCCACUGGAGUUGCUGUAAAUUAUCAACCAAUUUCGCCCCUGCAGCAUGUGAAUUGUACAUUCUCCAGACUCCAGAGCAGCACUUUAUAUGCUCUACCCAACAGUACAUAGAAGUAAUGUGUGCCUUUGAGAACAUGGUGGAUCUGACAAAAUGGAACACUUGGGUAAAUAGGUAUGUCAUUCUGUAGCAAUAAUCUAUAAUAAUAACAACCAGUUUAAAUCUAUAAUAAUGAACAAUUUUGCAACAGUUUUACACAGUGUUUCAAAUGUAGUAUGUACACAUUCUACCAAAGUGAUAUUUUUAAACGGUAACUAAGAAAUAGUUAAUGUUUCAAAAAUAAAGAAUAUUAUCCUCCGUGCCUACGUUGGCGUUAAAUUGUAUUGUAAAUUCCUUAGCUAAAUCAUGAAAUUGGUGGUUUUGCUUUCUUUGUGGGUCUCAAAACUUCCUUUGAGGCAUGCAAGCUUGAACAAGGCUAAUCUCCAUCUUGUUGAGAAUUGUCUCACCCGAAUGACCUGUACGUUCCACCCAAAUGGAGAUAGGUUAAAGGUGUACUGGACAAUUAAAGGGGCAGUGCCAUGACAUUAUUGUGCAUUAUUUAUUCUAAAAUACAUACCUAACCCGCAUGUUACUUUAAAGACAAUGAUGUCUGUUCACACUGGAGAUCAUUCACUAGACUCUGAAUUAUAGCAAAUUGAAAUGGCAAAUAAUUAAACAAACAAAUGGCAAAAUUGAUCUUAUUUGUAAAACUCGCCCAACUCAACGAGACCGUUAAUUCACAGCUUUUUUUUUUGUUGUUGUAUAUUUUUAUGUAAAUUUUGCCAUUCGAUUUUAAGUUUGUUACAGUGCAAUGUUUAUUUAAUAAACCUCUAAAUAUUUCUGUAUCAAAUUAGGCCACUUUCCUUUUUAAUUUGGCUGUACAAAUUCCUAUGAGGUUUAUUUACUGAGUUAAAACCACAUUGUACUCAAUGGAUCACAGUUAUUUUCAAGUAGAUAUCAGGGCAGCAGUGAGACUUGCUUGCACUCAAUGAUGACUAAAAGACUAGUGUUCCUGCUGUUAGUAUAUUAAAUAAAAAAGGUAAAACUACUUUUUGGGUGAGUCAGGAUUCAUUAUUGAGUGAUGGGGGUGGGGUAAGUGGGGUUGGGUAUAGUAUUAGGGAGACAAACAAGGUUAUUCACUAAAGUGAGAGUUCAAUGUGAAUUUAAAAUGUAAAAUUAACAUUAUAAUGUCAGGAAUGCGAAUGACACUAUAGGUCUAAAUAGUCAUUUAGGUGGCCGGCCCGUUUGUCCCUUGUUUAAAGGAAUAUUUCUCACUUUUUUCCAGUGCAGUGCAGUUAAAUACCAUCGGCAGCGCAAGAGUUAAUUAUGGGACAUUAAAAAAGAUGUAAAUACAUAAGUAAAUAAAAACCCUAACUAAGAAACCCUAUAUACGGAAGUAAAUAAAAAAACCUAUACACCUCCCAAGUGUGAUGAUCCACUUGAACGGACACUGGUGAGGGGGGUAAUGUGGUCGGGACAGUGACUUCACUGGCUCCGACCAAAGGACAGCCUGGAUAGGGGGCAUGUCGACCCAAAUUACUGGCAGGUCAGCAUGGUGUGAAUGCACAUCAGGCUGCCUUCCAACCAUUUAAGGCCUGCCCACUGAGGGCCAGACCCUGAACCUAGCACAAGCACUUCUGAUGAUGUGUUCACUCUGUGGGGACACCAGGGAUCUUAGCAAAACCCCAGCAUUCCUUAUCUGUGAUAUAGCUAGCUCGCCUUGCUUGGUUCCUUACAAGAUCCAUAUUCAAACUGUGCUCCGAGGGAAAAACACUGAGUCAUAGAAAUGAUGUCAUACCCGUUUCAGGCGUCUGUACAUACAACACAGAGAGGAAAUAUAGACAGGUGCUGGAAUAAGUACAGACCUGUUUCCUUCUAUAUACCAACAGUGGGGGUGAGGGAGGAAAUGCACUUGAGGGGAAAAUUAGAGAAAAAUGUUAAUGUGCCUGGGGGGAGAGAAUGGGUUGUGAAAGGACAUGUGACUGGUAAGGAAGUGUGGCUGAAAAUGGAGCUGAGUAGAUGUGAAAGAGGUGUAUCUAAAUGUAAGAUAGGGGAUAUUAUAGUGGAGGGAAAUGAGGGACAAAUGUGGGUGAAAGGGGGCUAAGUAGGGUUUUGGGGUUAAGGAACCAAAUUAGUCACCAAAGCCAUUUACAAGACCCCCCCUCCCCCCCCCCCACACACACACACACAGUGUAAUUGGGCAGUGUAAGGAAAUCAAGUAUAGCUGAACCGCUUUGAUAAUCCCUCCUGCAAUGCCAGCGUCUAGGGUAGAUCCAAGCAAUGAAGUCCAUAAGAAAUAUAACAGCUUCCCAAGAUAAUCCCCUUGGUAAAGCAUACGAAUUCCCAAAUAACAGUCAGAGUCCAGAAUCAGGAUACAAGUAGAUCUGAGGUCUGGAAUCUCCAGCCUGCUUUUUAUUAGGGUUACAGACAAAAAAUACACACCCAGGGGGAGGCAUUAAAACACCAAUCAGGUACAGGUUACAGCCCCUACCUCCCUCCCCUCUGAUAAACAGUUAACUUCAUUAAAACGUGCACUAUUUUACCCCAGUUCUGGAUGUACCCCAAAAACAGGGGGUACACCUUUAAAUUGGGCACCGCUGGAUAGUGCUCACUUGUGGGGACAAUAUGUCAAAAAAUCAGUCCAUUCGGAUGAAUGGUUCGGGAGUUAUGGAGCACUAAAGUUUUGACCGACCGCACGGAUCAUCUAGCCGAAAAUAGUUCCAUAAGUUUUGGCCCUGCGGUCGGUCUCCGUUUAGGCGAAUAAAAAAAGACGAAAGUCCUGCCAUCCGUUCGCAUCUUCGUGGUCGUUGAAAUCCCCAUACGAAGUUGCAUGUAACUACCGAACGGCCGGUGAUUCGUUUUUUUCCGUGCGAAGUUCUGGAUGCAUGGAGGUCUCAGCGGUGUUCGCCUGUUUGCGUAUCCGAUUUUAGUUCCACGCGUUUGACGGGCAAACACCGCUGUUCGCACGUAAAAUGGCCGCGACCACGUGUAAAGUGCCGAAAUGGCGGCCACCUAGAGUUUACACGGGGAAUUCGCCUGAAUCCAUCCGAAGGGUAGAAAUUAUAGCUAUAUGCCGAAUUCCAGCUGAAUUGGGUGAAUUAACUUGUGCAACAAAGGUAGAAAUCCUGAUGAACGGAGUCAUUUCUUCACACUGCUCCCCUAUAAGUCCAUAGGUCGGCAUACCCGCCUAGACCCUGUCGGGUUGGCUUGGGGAUGUCCGAUGAAAGUAUGUUUUUAGGUGUCCAGUUCGGUCUGGCGGGACAGUCCAUCCGCAUUCCCAUUUUGUUUACCCGGACGGUACUGCAUGGUAAAAUUGUAUGGUUGGAGAGCUAGGCUCCACCGGAGUAGCCUGGGGUUGUCACCAGCUACCCGGUUGAGCCAUACCAGGGGGUUGUGGUCGGUCAUAAGGGUAAACGCUCGCCCAUACAGAUAGGGCUGAAGUUUCUUGAGGGCCCACACGAGGGCCAAGCACUCUUUUUCUACGGUGGCAUAGCUGACUUCUCGGGGCAAAAGUUUACGGCUGAGGUAUGCCACCGGGUGUUCCAUGCCAUCCGCCCCCACCUGGCUUAGCACGGCUCCCAGCCCAAACAUGGAGGCAUCUGUGUGGACGAGAAAUUGUUUAGUGUAAUCGGGUGCUGCCAACACAGGGGCCUCACUCAAGGCCGUUUUGAGCUUCUGGAAAGCGUCCGUGCACUCUGGGGUCCAGGAGACCUGUUUGGGAAGGGCCUUUUUGGUAAGGUCCGUGAGGGGCUUGGCCAGGGCGCUAUAUUCUGGGACGAACUUCCUAUAAUACCCGGCCGUCCCUAAGAAAGCCAGUACCUGGGUUUUGGUCCGAGGUUGGGGCCAGUUAGCUAUGGCUUCUACCUUAGCGGGCUCUGGGCGUUGUCUACCGGAGCCGACACGGUGGCCUAGAUACUGGACCUCGGCUAGGCCUACGUGACACUUGUCGGGUUUCAAAGUGAGCCCGGCGAGGUGGAUUCGUUCGAGUACCCUGGACACAUGACCCAGAUGGUCUCCCCAUGUGCGGCUAUAGAUGGCAAUAUCAUCUAGAUACGCACAUGCGAAGUCCUGCAACCCCUCCAGGAGCCUAUCCGCCAUCCGCUGAAACGUAGCCGGGGCGUUCUUCAUCCCAAAGGGCAUAACCUUGAAUUGGUAUAGCCCAAACGGGGUGACGAACGCCGACUUGGGGAUGGCCGCAGGCUCCAGGGGGAUCUGCCAAUAACCCUUGCACAGGUCCAGGGUAGUCAAGUAGUUCCCCCCCGCCAUACGAUCUAAGAGCUCAUCUAUUCUAGGCAUGGGGUAGGCAUCGGUUAUGGUACGGUCGUUAAGCCUCCGGUAAUCUACACAGAAGCGCGUAGUGCCAUCGCGCUUCGGUACUAGUACCACCGGGGAGGCCCAAGGACUUUGGGAGGGUUCUAUUACCCCUAGCCGUAACAUAUCCCUUAACUCGGUGAGCAUACUCUCACGUACUGCUUCCGGGAUCCGAUAUGGCUGUUGCCGUAGGGGCGUCUCUCCCUGGGUUUCCACACGGUGUACCGCAGCGGAGGUAUAGCCGGGGGUAGCGGAAAACAUCUCUCGGUAUCCCUGCAGCAGAUGGGUAGCCUCACCUUUCUCCAGGAGGUCUAAAUUUUGCCCCAAGCUUACUUGGUCAAUAGUACAGGGGGUGGUCUCCAGUAAGUCAGGCAGGGGAAGCCCUUCACUAUCCUCUGUGGCGGGGGCGCACACGGCGCCCACCUCCUCUGUCCUUUCAAAAUAUGGUUUGAGCAUGUUCACAUGGAAGGCUUUGGUCAGCCUUUCAUCUGAGCAUUUGCUCACGAUGUAGGUAGUCUCGCUAACCUGUUCCACUACCUUAAAGGGUCCCUGCCAGGCUGCUUGCAGCUUGUCCUUUUUAACGGGCCUCAGAGCCAGUACCUUCUGCCCUAAGUCCAGCACUCUAUCCUGGGCCCUCCUAUCGUACCACUUUUUCUGGUCCUCCUGGGCCGCCUGCAGGUUCUCCCGAACCGAUUCGGUGAGGGCCCGCAGACGGUCCCGGAACUCCAGGACAUACUGGACGAUAGGGACUCCCCCCUCAUCUGUAUUGCCCUCCCAGUGUUCCCGUACGAGCUCCAGUGGGCCCCGAACUUUUCUCCCGUACAGGAGUUCGAAGGGGGAAAACCCAGUGGAGGCCUGGGGCACCUCACGGUAGGCAAACAGAAGGUGGGGAAGGAAUUUUUCCCAAUUCUUGUGGGACUCUGUAAAAGUUUUUAGCAUCUGUUUUAGAGUGCCAUUGAAACGUUCACAGAGCCCGUUAGUCUGGGGAUGAUACGGGGCGCUGAACAGGGGUUGCACUCCACAGCUCUGCCACAGUUGUUGCGUCAGGGUAGCUGUGAACUGCGUCCCCCGAUCGGAGAGUAUCUCCUGCGGGAAACCUACUCGGGUGAAUAUCUGAAUAAGGGCCUCUGCCACGGUCUCGGCCUCUAUAUUGGUGAGGGCGACUGCCUCCGGGUAUCUAGUGGCGUAGUCAACCACCGUUAGGAUAAACUUUUUGCCCGACGGACUGGGGCGACUGAGGGGACCUAUUAAAUCCACCGCUACUCGGUGGAAGGGCUGUUCGAUGAUGGGUAGGGGGUGAAGCUUAGCCUUCCGAAGGUCUCCCCUUUUCCCUACCCUUUGGCAUACAUCACAUGUCCUACAAUAGUACUUUAGGUCCUGGGUAGCUCUGGGCCAGAAGAAGGUUUGAGUUAACCUGUCUCUGGUCUUUUUGACCCCUAAAUGUCCUGCUAGGGGAAUGUCAUGACUGAGUUUUAACAACUCAGCCCGAAAUUUACGGGGCACAACUAACUGUCUUUUUAUGACCUGGGUAGCCCCCUGUCCCACCCCCUCGGUUACCCUAUAUAGCAACCCCUUAUACCACUCAAAUUUUUCGUGCGGGUUGUUCUCGGGGGUAGCGGCCGCGGCCUUCCUAUAGCCUUCUAAUGUGGGGUCAGUACGCUGUUCCUGUUCAAACCCCUGGGGGGUAUCCCAGAAGGGUACGGGGGGAUCGGGUAAAGGGGGUAUUUCGACUCUUACCUGGUUCUCCUCAGAGUGCAGCGGAGCUUCCAGUCUGGCUUGAGCUCGGGUGGUAACCGGGUAGGCCUCGGCAGGGGGGUCUCGGGCUAGUUGGGAGGUUAGGCAUCCCACAUCAUUUCCCAACAAAACCUCGGCGGGCAGUUCUUGCAUAAUCCCCACCUCCAGUUGUUUAGACCCGGAACCCCAAUCAACAAACAUAUUAGCGGUGGGCAGUUUGUGAAUAGCGCCCCCAGCCACCCUUACAGCGACUGUGCGUCCGGUGCGAGCUUGUGCUCUGACCGUGUGGGGCUGUACCACAGUCAAAGUAGCCCCAGAGUCUCUCAGCGCCCGGGCCCCCACGCCAUCGACGGUAAUCCAUUGGCGGUGGUGGUCCCGGUUGUCCCCCCCAGCUUGUACUGGAUUGACCUCAUGUAAUACGCUCCACUGUUCUUCGUGGUUAAGGGCAGGGCCUGUGUGUUCCUGUUGCACACAGUGAGCAGCUGCCCUGGGUUGUUGUGGGGCUGGCCGUUCCCAGCUUCCCCGGUUUAAGCGAGGGCACUGAGGCUUGUAAUGUCCUGGUUGCUUGCAGUAGUGACACACUGCAGGAGGUCGAGGUGUGUUUGCUGGGUUCGGUGGGGGGUUACCUAUGGCAGGUCUAGGUGGAGCCGGGUUUGUUGGAGCUGUGUACUGAGGCUUAAAUGGUGGUCUGCUCGCCCCUGGCUCCUUCCUCCUGUUAUCCUGGUACUCGUCCGCUAGCCUAGCGGCCUCCUCCACGGUUUUUGGUUUCCUAUCUUUUACCCAGUCUUUUAUGUCCUCUGCAGUAUGAUUAAAAAAUUGCUCCAGUAUCACUAGUUGCAAAGCUUCUUCUAGGGUGGUUGCCUGGCAGCCCUUCAUCCAAUUGCGGGCUGCCCGCUGCAGGCGAAAAGCCCAUUCCGUAUGGGAAUCUCUCCCAGUCUUUCUCAGGUCUCUAAACUUUUUCCGGUAUGCCUCCGGAGUUACCGCAUAUCUGGCCAACAAAAUGUCUUUUAUUUUCUCAUAAUUAUGUAUGUCCCCCUCAGGUACUGCUCGCAGCGCCUCGGCUGCUCUACCUGACAAUUUACUGCUGACGACUGCAGCCCAUUUGGUGGAGUCUAAUCCCUCCAGUGCACACUGACGUUCAAAGUCUUGCAAGUAACUGUCAAUUUCCAUUUCAUUGUCAACAAAUGAUUUAAACGCUGCAUAAUUUACCUUCUUUGGUAUUUCCCCAAUACUUCUCGGGGGUGUAGCAAAUCCCCCUGUGACGCUCUGUCCCGGUCAUCUCGCUCUUUUUGCGCUUGUCUGGCUUGUGCUACGACCUGCAGUAUCGCCUCUGAGGAUGGAUUGGGUCCCAAUAAACUGAGUGUCCAUCGGAUGUCCUUUUGCAUCACGGUUUCUUCCUCUUGGUCCAUCUCUAUAUUACUGGUAUUAUCGCUCUGCCUUAACUCCGCAAUUAUCGUGGCUUUUGUUUUGUUACUUGCCACUCUGCCUCGAGCUUCCAGUAAGUCCUUUAGCGUGGUUCUUUUAAGUAGCUGGUACUGCUGAGCCAUUCAUUCCUUUGCUUGUUUUGAAAUGUCCAUUUGGGAUUCGAAUCCCUCCGCUUGCCACCAGUUGUAAGGAAAUCAAGUAUAGCUGAACCGCUUUGAUAAUUCCUCCUGCAAUGCCAGCGUCUAGGGUAGAUCCAAGCAAUGAAGUCCAUAAGAAAUAUAACAGCUUCCCAAGAUAAUCCCCUUGGUAAAGCAUACGAAUUCCCAAAUAACAGUCAGAGUCCAGAAUCAGGAUACAAGUAGAUCUGAGGUCUGGAAUCUCCAGCCUGCUUUUUAUUAGGGUUACAGACAAAAAAUACACACCCAGGGGGAGGCAUUAAAUCACCAAUCAGGUACAGGUUACAGCCCCUACCUCCCUCCCCUCUGAUAAACAGUUAACUUCAUUAAAACGUGCACUAUUUUACCCCAGUUCUGGAUGUACCCCAAAAACAGGGGGUACACCUUUAAAUUGGGCACCGCUGGAUAGUGCUCACUUGUGGGGACAAUAUGUCAAAAAAUCAGUCCAUUCGGAUGAAUGGUUCGGGAGUUAUGGAGCACUAAAGUUUUGACCGACCGCACGGAUCAUCUAGCCGAAAAUAGUUCCAUAAGUUUUGGCCCUGCGGUCGGUCUCCGUUUAGGCGAAUAAAAAGACGAAAGUCCUGCCAUCCGUUCGCAUCUUCGUGGUCGUUGAAAUCCCCAUACGAAGUUGCAUGUAACUACCGAACGGCCGGUGAUUCGGUUUUUUCCGUGCGAAGUUCUGGAUGCAUGGAGGUCUCAGCGGUGUUCGCCUGUUUGCGUAUCCGAUUUUAGUUCCACGCGUUUGACGGGCAAACACCGCGGUUCGCACGUAAAAUGGCCGCGACCACGUGUAAAGUGCCGAAAUGGCGGCCACCUAGAGUUUACACGGGGAAUUCGCCUGAAUCCAUCCGAAGGGUAGAAAUUAUAGCUAUAUGCCGAAUUCCAGCUGAAUUGGGUGAAUUAACUUGUGCAACAAAGGUAGAAAUCCUGAUGAACGGAGUCAUUUCUUCACAGGCAGUUUUCUAUAGAUCUGUAUAAUACAGUUGGUGUUUAUUGAGGCUGGACAAGAGCACACGGGACAGCACCCCCCAGUGUUUGUUGCAAAAAAAAAAAAAAAAUAUAUAUAUAUAUAUAUAUAUAUAUAUAUCUAUAACUAUUGGGGUGGUGAGUACUAAUGAUAUGUGUGUUCAAGAAUAAUAUUUUGUGUCUGUUGUGACAGUUUCACCUAUUAUCGAUGGUUGGAAAUGUCUGGAACUAACCAUUUGAAAAAAAUACCCCAAUAUCAGGAUAUAGAAGAGAAUUGCUUAGUCUACUCUAUUAAGACUUCUGAGUCACCCAUUUGUUUCCUAUUGAGCUGUCGGACCUUUAAAGACAGGCCUGUUCACUAUCUGUAUUCUAGCACUGUCAUUGGCUAAUAGCAUCAGGGGUGGAGUCAAUUCUCUUUUAAAGGGACACUAUAGGCACCCAGACCACCUGAUCUCAUUAAAGUGGUCUGGGUGCAAUGUCCCUGUCCACCUUAAUCAUUGCAGUUUAGAGAAGCUGUAAUGAUUACAUUGCAACACUAACACUGCCUCUAGUGGCUAUCAAUCAGACAGCCUUUAGGCUGCUAGGCUACUUUUGUGCGCCUAACUGACGCUGGAAGACCUCACACUCUGCAUGAAGACAUCCAGCGUCAUUAAAAUCCACAUAGGAAAGCAUUGCAGCAAGGGAGCACCUGAAUCGUGUGAGUACAGUAAGGUUUUUUUUAUAGCUUUGAAGAGGGCAUGACCUCUCAUUGAAUCAGGGAUUGAGAAUGUGGAUAAAUAAAAAUACCCCCAAAAAGUCAAGGGUAGAGUCUGCCCCACCAUCUAGUACCGCACCUGGACGUAUUGCUGUACAAAAGUAAAAUACAUUCUAGAUAAGGGGUGUGUAAGAUUGUAGAAACUAUUUUUCCCCCCAUACACACACCAACUAACAUGCAAAGAAACAUCUUAUUAACAGAUUCUAAAUUCUUAGAUUUUUCCUGAUUUUAAUUAUAAGUCAUGGAAUGGCCUUUAAUUAUAGGAUCUAUUUAUACUUGCUGAUCACAGUGCAAUUGUGCAUUAUGCUUUAUACAGACAUUUCAGUUUAGUGGUGACAGAUUUAAAGUGAACCUGCAAUCCAGUAAAUGUUUGGGCAUUCAGGCUAUUUAAUAUUUGAUCUAUACAUUAUACUUGGGAAGUCUCCUGCAAGUGUGUAGUUUAAAAGAUAUACGUACACCAAAAUAAUAUUACCAGAAGCAUAGCAACAGAGAACAAGAAGGUCAUAAUAUAAAUAUCUAAAUAACUUUAAAGCUGUACGUGUGCUUGUGUGCACAUUCUAUAGAUAAAACGUUUAUUCCAUUUAGAUUAAAGGGACACUAUAGCAUUAGGAAUAGAAAACUGUAUGCCUAACACUAUAGUGUCCGUCUGCCUUUUUCAUAUGUCCCUUUUCACACUGAUGGAGCUGGAUUGGUCUCCUCCUCCAGCGAUGUUCCAGCGAUGAUGCAUGUGCGUUAGAGCUUCCCCGUAGGAAAACAUUGAAUCAAUACUUUCCAAUGGGGAUUUGGAAGAUUGUAGAUGCCCUCAUGAAAAGCAUGAGGACAUCCAACAUCGUUUCAUGGAGUUAACCUCUAUUAGAAUCCAUGAAGCGCCUCCACUGUCUGGAAGACAUCCAUUAUAGACUGUCUUUACCCUGCAACGGUAACAUUGCAGUUUCUUAGGGUCACUUUACUCAGACCACUUUAAUGAGAUGAAGUGUUCUGGGUGACUAUAGUAUACCUUAAACAGAAAGUCCUCUGAAUUAUUACAGAUAUAGCUUAAACACGUUAAUGUAAAAAGGGAAGUACCAUUUCAGAUUUGUUCCAACUUUGCUGAAUCAUUUUAAAUACCCACAAAAUAUAAUCUGGCAUUGAUAUCUAGCAACACCAGGACGGCAAAUUAAAAUUAAGGCUAGGACGUGAAGGGAAAAUAAAUAUAAAAUGAAGGAACAUUUGGCAGGCAUAUGGUAAUAAUAAUUCUCUAAUGUUAUUCUGUAGGAUUAUAAUUUAGUUUAGUGCUUGACAUAGCAAAUACCCAACUUUGACUCUCUCUGCAUUUUAGCCCAGUCCACAUGAAGCUUUUGCGCACUUUCAUCUUGCAGAGCAUCAUGGAAUAUGUAGUUUGCAAGGUACCAACGUUUGUGAGUUUGUGAGGUACCAACGUGAGCAAUCACACAUUAUCUCUUUGCUUCCUUCUCUUAAUUUCUCAAUUUCCUCUGAUAUAGUCCUUUUGUGAUUUCCCUCCUUUCGUGUCACCCUUAACCAGGAAUUUCACUAUUUAACAUGUAUGUAUUAAUCCUGUGCUCCCUUACCACUGUCAGUUCUUCUGUCUCUGCCCUAGAUGCAUUUGCUUUUCCCUUUCCCGUUAAAUUUUCUCUAAUCCUAAAUUCACCAUUCUCCUUCCCCUCCAUUCAAUAUUCCCUUUCGACAAUCCAUCAACCUCUCUCCAAGCAUCUAAUUUUGCCUUCCUCUCUGCAAUGAAUUUGUUUCUCCUUUGGCCAUACAGCUCGUAUCUCAUCGUCAUCCUUCCCUCCUUGUAAUGUUCCCUUCCUCCAACCUUCCUACAGGAAGUUUUGCCCCUUUCCAUGACAUUUUAUAUAUCCCAUCGAUCUUAUUGCCCUACAAUUUACCUACCUUGUGUUUCUUAUAUUUGAAUUUAUAGCUCAUUUUAUUUGGUCAAUCCAUUCCUUUCUUCUGUCCCACUGUGUAAUCUUCCUUGCUCCCCACUCCAUGAAAUGAAUAUCCAUUUUCUAUGUGCAUGUCAUGUAUCUUUCCCCACUUGCCAUUUUUCUACUUAUCUCCUAUUGAAUGUGAUCCUUCUUACCUGCUGGCACCUGUUCCCCCAUGCAUGACCUCUUGAGAUAUCUAACUCUUGGACUUUUUAUUUUUACAAAAAAUUAACUCUUUCUUAAUUUUAAUGGGUUUCUAUAUAUGUUAUUUAGGGAUUUCCGACUUCAGCGUUUGAGGUUGUUAUAAUAUUUAUUUUUGAAUAUUGACCUCUACCUUUUCUUAGAUACAUUAAUCAGAAGAGAUAUUUCUGGUCUGGCCUUUUCAGGCACCUUGACCACAGACCUUGGCAGCCACAAAUGCAGACAGAGAAUGUGUGUGUUUUCUUAUUCAGUACUUGUGAUUUUCCAUGGAACUGAAAUCUGCUAUGUCUUCCCCUAAAAUACCAGUAAAAAGGUUUUGUUCUAUUAAAAAUAACAUCACGCACACUUUUUUUUAGGUUAUUUUGAGUAAGGUACUAAAGACAGCUCCUGUAUUCUGCUGGUAGGACGAAGAGUCUCAACAAAUAAACAGAUAUUUCCUGUUGCAAAAGAUUGAGAAAAAAUAUAGUCUGCCAUCUUUCCAAAGAACCUUUUGACUGCAGACAAAUUGAGAUCGGGGAAAAAAAAAAGAAAGUAUGACAUUUUAUUGAAUUAAUGAUUUUGUUAAAAAAAAAUAUGGUCCAGAAGACUGUUGAAUAAAUUUAACUGUACAAUUUUACUAUUGAACAUGUUCUUGCAAACAAACAUUAUGUUAAUAACAAAAUAUUAGUGCAAAAAUGAAUCUUUUGGCAAUGGCCAUCAAUGCUAUUUUGGUAUACACAACGUCUGCAAAACUUUGUCCUAUUCAUGCUCAGUUCAUACAAUUUCUUGUUAAAAAUAUCACACUGUUACCCACUAAAGUGUAUGGAGAAUUCAGAAUGAAUUCCUGGGUGUGGGAUUUAAAUCGCCUGAUGUGCAGAACAUGCAGUUCAGGGCACCGGACACAAAGUUUAAUUUAAAACAAUUUUAUCCCUGGCGCGGGCUAGUGGCUAGCAGCUUAGAGAGGAUUGUUGUUGGGCAGGGAUAAGGUGUGUAUCUCCCACAGGUACAGGGCCAUGCUGUGCAUGGCAGGGACAGUCUGCACAUCCACUGCUUAAACACGCAGGCAGUUGCUGGUAAUUUAAAUACGUAUUAGGACUGUACUGUGUGUAAGUGCCAGAGAAUGUGUAGUUUGUGUGUGUUUUUGCAUAGGUCAGUGUAUUUGUAUCAGAAAUAGUAUUAAAAUCACAUACAGCCAGCACACACCACACAAGCAACAUGCAGCCAGCACACACCACACAAACACAUUAUAUACAGCCAACACACACACCGCACAUUCUCACACACACAUUGCAUACAACCAGCACACACAACACAUACAAUUACAUACAGCCAGCAGACACAUGACAGACAACUGGCAACUACCACGAACACGACACAAAGGGAGCACACACCACACACACAACACACAGCCAGCACACACCAAACUCAGUCAGUACUCCCCACACACAAGAAACACAGUCUGCACAUACCUCACAAGCACUACUCACAGCCAGCUCUCACCUCACACACAACACACAGACAGAACACACAGUGCACACAUGACACACAGCGCGCACCCACCACAAAUGGGUAUAUCAAGUCAAAUGGGCAGACUGUGGGAGUGCGGAGGGUGAGACACAAAUUUGUUUUGACUAAAGUGGAGUGGCAAAUGUAUCCAAAUCAGCUUUUCUUUGCCUCCAUUUUUCCAUUCAGAUUUAAUUUGUGAAAAUACAGAGUUUAUCUGCCAGUGUCCAUGGGUCCCAAUCUUUGUAAAUUAAAUUGUGAAAAAUUUAAAUAAGGUUUGUGAGUCUAGCUGCUAGACUCUAGCACUCUAGCACAUAGCCCUGUAAAUGUCCAGGGCUCUUGGCCGGAUCCCCUAUCUUUGUAAUUGAAAUUAUUUUGUAGAUUGCCAUGACAGAUAGAUAGAUUUGAUAUACUGCUUAAGUCCCUUGGACAAGUAUAUUUAAAAAAAAAAAAAAAAUCCACAACCCUGGAAUUUAAAAUUUUAUAACAAAAUAGCCAACUGGGAAUAUUCCACAAGUCAGUUAUAGUUUCUAAAAAAUCUAUUUUUCACUAAAGUUUGAAAUCUACUUGGAAUUCCAUACAACUCACUCUGUAGUGAAUUAUCAUGUGGGAUUUUUGUUGCAAGUUCAGAAGUGCUUAUUUUAUUUCACGUAAACAUUUCAUUUUUAACUUGAAAGUUUUAAAAAAAAAAUCCAUACUAAUGAAAUAAGAUUACAGUUGUUUUAUUUUUAAAUCACAAACAUAUUACUGUAAAUAAAACAUUAAUGUUAACUAUGAGAAAGAAUAGUCUAUCAGGAAGAACGGGUGCACAUUAAGUGACACUCAAGCACUAUACGCUAUGCUUUUUGAGUUAUGCUGCAAGGAAGUAUGCCCAGUGUCUCUGCACAGCUUAUAACUUCAACAGACCUCCCAAGCCCAGCAGUGCACAUUUUGGCAGGACAGUCCUGAGUUUAGGGCCCUGUCCCAGCUCCCGACUUUGGACACCAGGGAAUCAUCCACCAACUUCACCAACAUAGAGAGAAACACUGCCAAUUCUUAGAUAGGCCCAACUAGGACUGGUAUCUCUGUACUCUGUCACCUAGAUGGCUAAGCACUAGCAAACUACCCACUUUGUACAUAGUACCUCCUUAGAGUUAGUCUCCAAUGUUUUCUCCCCUUCAUUUAUUACCACCUAAAGGAGAAAAAAAGGAUGCUUGGGAGCCUCAUGGGGAGGGUUGGCAUGAGGGGUAACACAAAAAUUACAGGUGUUUUCCUAAUCCCAAGCUGCACACGCUAGUACCCUCAUAUUGUUCACCAAUUGUGCAGAGUGCACCAGGAUACUGACACACAGCCCACUUUAAACUACACCAACAAUACAUUCGUCUCUUGGACAGGGGAUCUCCAAUGAGGGCCGGCCUGCCUGCCUGCCUGCCUGUCUGUCUGUCUGCCUGUCUGUAUGCCUGCCUGGCUGUAAGCAUGUCUGUCUGUAUGCCUGUCUGUCUGUAUGCCUGUCUUUAUGCCUGUCUGUCUGUAUGCAUGUUUGUAUGCCUGUUUGUAUGCUUGUCUGUAUGUAUACCUUUCUGUUUGUAUGCCUGCAAGUCUUUAUGCCAGUCUGUAUGCAUGUCUGUAUGUAUGUAUGCAUGUAUGUAUGUGUAUGGUGUAUGUAUGUCAGUAUGUAUGUGUAUGUGUGUGUGUGUGUAUAUAUUUCAGUAUGUAUGUGUCUGUGUAUGUAUGUAUGUGUCUGUGUAUGUCAGUGUGUGUGUGUGUGUCUGUAUGUAUGUUAGCAGGGGUCAAGUCCUGGGGAAAAAAGUGUGGGAACUCACCCAAGAUUCCCGCCUCCCCUUAAAAAAAUAAAAUAAAUAAAAAUUACACUCCUAUGCAUAUAGUGCAGUGCGUGUAUAAUGAAUGUAGUGUGUUUGUAGUGAAUGCAGUGUGAAUAAUAAUUGUAGUGUAUUUGUAGUGAGUGCAGAGUGUGUAUAAUGAAUGCAGUGUGUUUUUAGUGAGUGCAGAGUGUGUAUAAUGAAUGCAGUGUAUUUGUAGUGAGUGCAGUGUGUAUAACAAAUGUAGUGUAUUUGUAGUGAGUGCAGUGUGUAUAAUAAAUGUAGUGUGUUUGUAGUGAGUGCAGUGUGUAUAGUGAAUGUAGUGUUUUUGUAGUGAGUGCAGAGUGUGUAUAAUGAAUGUAGUGUGUUUGUAGUAAGUGCAAAUUGUGUAUAAUGAAUUUAGUGUGUUUGUAGUGAGUGCAGUGUGUACAAUGAAUGCAGUGUAUGUAGUGUGUUUGUAGUGAAUGCAGAGUGUGUAUAGUGAAUGUAGUGUGUAGUGAGUGCAGAAUAUGUAUAAUGAAUGCAUAGGGUGUAUAGUGAAUGUAGUGUGUUUGUAGUGAGUGAAGAGUGUGCGCGCGCUGGAUGACGUGUGUGUGAGUGCUGGAUGAUGUGUGUGUGUGAGUGCUGGAUGAUGUGUGUGUGUGUGCUGGAUGACGUGCGUGUGAGUGCUGGAUGACGUGCGUGUGUGUGCUGGAUGAUGUGCGUGUGUGUGCUGGAUGAUGUGCGUGUGAGUGCUGGAUGAUGUGUGAGUGAGUGCAGGAUGAUGUGUGUGUGUGCUGGAUGAUGUGUGUGUACUGGAUGAUGCGUGUGUGAGUGCUGGAUGAUGGGUGUGUGAGUGCUGAAUGAUGGGUGUGCUAGAUGAUGUGUGUGUGUGUGCUGGAUGAUGUGUGUGUGAGUGCUGGAUGAUGUGUGAGUGAGUGCUGGAUGAUGGGUGUGUGUGUGCUGGAUGAUGGGUGUGUGAGUGCUGGAUGAUGGGUGUGUGUGUGCUGGAUGAUGGGUGUGUGUGUGCUGGAUGAUGGGUGUGUGUGUGCUGGAUGAUGGGUGUGUGAGUGCUGGAUGAUGGGUGUGUGUGUGCUGGAUGAUGGGUGUGUGAGUGCUGGAUGAUGGGUGUGUGUGUGCUGGAUGAUGUGUGUGUGUGCUGGAUGAUGUGUGUGUGAGUGCUGGAUGAUGGGUGUGUGAGUGUGUGAGUGCUGGAUGAUGGGUGUGUGAGUGAGUGCUGGAUGAUGUGUGUGUGUGUGAGUGCUGGAUGAUGUGUGUGUGAGUGCUGGAUGAUGUGUGUGUGAGUGCGUGCUGGAUGAUGUGUGUGUGAGUGUGAGUGCUGGAUGAUGGGUGUGUGGGGGGGGAAAGCAUUUUUCUUACUUUAUGUAUAAUAUUUAUUUUAUUCCCCCCUCCCUGCUUCUUACCUUGUCAGGGAGGGGGGAGAUCGCCUGGUGGUCCGGUGGUAUGCUGGAGGGAGCCAGCCGCUGCACAGAGGUGCCAUCACACGCUGUGUUCCCUCUCCAGCUCUAACUCUCGCGAGACUCGCCUGUGCGGAGCGUUGCCAUGGUAACAGCCGCGGGUCUCGCGAGAGUUAUAGCUGGAGAAGGAACACAGCGUGUGCUGGCCCCUCUGUGCAGGUAGCAGGGCCGGUCCUGCAAGACAGGUAACGGGAACGGCGUUCCUGCUUUAGAAAAAGUGCAGGAACGCCGUUCCCAUGCGUUCCUGCAGGACUCGAGCCCUGUAUGUUAGUAUGUGUCACUACAUAUGUCUGUGUGUCUGUACAUUUGUGUAUUUGUUUCAGUAUGUGUUUAUCUUUGUGUGUGUGUGUAUCUGUGUCCUCUUGUAUCAGUGUGUGUGUUUGGGUCUGUGUGUGUGUAUUCCUGUGGGCGAGAUUUGGAGGUGUGCCCUGGGGACGUGCUUGGAGGCGGGCUCUUGGGGCCCAGACCGUGAGCUGUGUUAGGGGCCCCAAAAUUUCUGAUGGCGGCACUGUUGACAGUGCUUCAAGUUUAGUGAAUAACAAUUUGUGUAAAAAGUUAUUUGCAUUUAACUACACAUAGUGGACUCUAGCAGCUGAUAAAUAAAUGCAACAUUUGUAAGUACACACAUUGUUUUGCAUUUGUUGAUAAUAUUUAGGGAUUUCUAGCCAUGUACAUGUUUUUCAGAAGAGAAAAUUUUCCACUGGCGCUGUGAAAGUUCUUCUCACUAUGUCCAUGCCACCUCAUAGUAUAAUUUGUUUUCUCGUAACUGUCUGUGUUUCAGUUUGGAGCAGAUCCCUAAUUAUCUAAAAUUUCCAUGCCCAGCUAAGUGCCAAAUCUGAGUGUUUUGGAGUUAAACACAUUCUGACAGAAAUAUGUUCUAGAAAAUCAGUCGUAUUCAAUUGCAUCUUGUGAUAGACAAAUAUGCCUUACUAUGAACUUGAUUGGCAGAUUAUUAUCUUUGCAUAGGUAUGUCUGACGUACACAUGCCUGGGGGAAGUGUCUCAAAUGGAAAUUUGGGACAAAUUUAGAAUUUUUUUUUAAAUUAGAGAAAUCAGUAAUAACAUUUUAAUAGGACACUAAUUUGAUUGCCCCACUUUUAUAUUAUCAGCCUCUCAAUGUCUUUGCCAAAAGGAAAUGGGAAGUUCUGUAUAAAAGGGAUAGCUGAAAGGUGAAUGGGACAGAAGACAAGUGCUAUUCAAAAAUAUCUGCAGCAAAAUGUGUCCCUAUUUUAAGCCCAAAUCUACUUAUUCCUCUUUUCUGUCCUCUGUCCCUCUUUUCUAAAAGCUCCAUAUUGUUGGAGUGUCUGAAUUUAUAUCAGAGCUACACAGCAAUAAUACGCACAGUAUUGUGUCUUUAAAUUACAAUAAAUGUGUUUAGAAAUCACGCUGUGUAAAUAAGAUACUUUUUCAUGUUAUAAAUUAAAUUUUAGUUACAUGAAUUGUUAUUAGUAAGUCACCUAAAAUGUCUCAGAACAGCCCUGCCCCUGGCCACACUUCGACUAACACCCCUAAAAUUAAAAUGCCCCUUUUUUGUCUUUUUGAAAUGUUGGGAGAUAUGCUUCAAGACUUCCUCAAUGCUGGGUGGAGACUUGACAUUUAAUUGGUGGAUCUAUGGAGGAUGUGGGCAGAAUUAAAAACAUCAGUUACCUGGAAAAGAGAGCUAUGCCUCUGGGUGCCAAGCAAUCAUCUGCUAUAUAGAUUAUUUUCUAGAUUUUGUAUGGUGCCAACGUAUCCACAACACUGUAUAAUUAUACAGUGGGGAUAUAUAACAGCACGCAAUUGACAGACAAUACAUGUUGACACAUAAAAGGGUUGAGGAGGGCCCUGAUCAAAGUAAAGGAAACUUGAGGAUAUGCUAGCAAUUGUGUGAGUGAAAAUUCAGCCAUUUAAAGGAACACUAUAGUCACCUACAUUACUUUAGCUAAACAAAGCAGUUUUAGUGUAUAUAUCAUUCCCCUGCAAUUUCACUGCUCAAUUCACUGUCAUUUAGGAGUUAAAUCACUUUGUUUCUGUUUAUGCAGCCCUAGCCACACCUCCACUGGCUAUGAUUGACAGAGCCUGCAUGAAAAAAAAAUGUAAUUUACCUUAAAUAAUUGUAUCUCAAUCUCUAAAUUGAACUCUAAUCACAUACAGGAGGCUCUUGCAGGGUCUAGCAAGCUAUUAACAUAGCAGGGGAUAAGAAAAUCUUAAUUAAACAGGACUUGCAAUAAAGAAAGCCUAAAUAGGACUCUCUUUACAGGAAGUGUUUAUGGAAGGCUGUGCAAGUCACAUGCAGGGAGGUGUGACUAGGGUUCAUAAACAAAGGGAUUUAACUCCUAAAUGGCAGAGGAUUGAGCAGUGAGGCUGCAGGGGCAUGUUCUAUACACCAAAGUUGCUUCAUUAAGCUAAAGUUGUUCAGGUGACUAUAGUGUCCCUUUAAGGUGGCUAUGGAACCUCACUUCAUGUGAAGAUCCUGUAAAGAUCCUUACAGCUGUUUGAAAGCAGCAGCUUAUUAGUGGCUGCUUGGCUAUCAAUUAUACAAUGGAGCAGAAUAUUGACAAUGGAAAGAGAUUGUAGGUUGUAAAAUCUGCCUGACAGGGUUAUAGGAAACAUAGACAUAGAAACAUAGAAUGUGAUGGCAGAUAAGAAGCAUUCGGCCCAUCUAGUCUGCCCAAUUUUCUAAAUACUUUCAUUAGUCCCUAGUCUUAUCUUAUGGUUAGGAUAGCCUUAUGCCUAUGCCACACAUGCUUAAACUCCUUUACUGUGUUAACCUCUACCACUUCUGCUGGAAAGCUAUUCCAUGCAUCCACUACCCUCUCAGUAAAGUAAUACUUCCUGAUAUUAUUUUUAAACCUUUGUCCCUCUAAUUUAAGACUAUGUGCUCUUGUUGUGGUAGUUUUUCUUCUUUUAAAUAUAGUUUCCUCCUUUACUGUGUUGAUUCCCUUUAUGUAUAUAAAUGUUUCUAUCAUAUCCCCCCUGUGUCGUCUUUCCUCCAAGCUAAACAUUGAGUAAGUUCCCCUCUCUACCCAAUACAUGUAGAUGUACUGGGGCACUUGCUAAGAGUGCCAGCUGACAUCCAAAUGUGGAUGCAGUUGACAUUGCUAAAGUGGAGUGGAAGUUGGGCAUGAUCAGUUCAGUGAGUAAGCCUAGAAGACCUUCGAUUUGUGUCAAACUUAUUGCAAACGGUUUUACACAGAACCAUGGGAUGGCAUCUGCAGUCUCCUUGUCCCAUUACUAUUUACAAAGCUGUUGUGGUUAUGGUGCUCUUGGUGCCCCUUUAUUGGACACUUACCAUGGCUCUGACUAACUUUUAUGUCAAAUUUACAUUGCAGGGGCUUUGCAGUGGCGAGUAACUUUUAUGUCUCGCUAGCAGCAGAGGACUUGAAAUGUAUAUAUUAUUAUUGUUUAUAAAGCGCCAACAAAUUCUGCAGCGCUGUGGGCUCACAGACAAGUAUCUGUUAAAAGACAAGUAAGAUGUACAAGAACAGGGGGUGUUGAGGGCCCUGCUCAAACAAGCUUACAUUCUAGAGGUAGUGGGGUAAUAUGGCACAAGGGUUAUGGAAAGAAUGUUUUUCAUGUACGGGAAAAAGUAGGUUACUAGAAUAGUUUACAAUGAAGGGUUAUUUUCAUAGAUGCCACAGUUGCAGGUGGAUGAAGCAAGGUGGGUUACUAAGGUGCAGGGUGGUAACGCAAUUAGCAGUUUAAUUUAGGGGUGCCCAAAAUGUAGAUCCCAUGAUGUUUUAAAACUACAACUUCCAUGAUGCUUUGUCAUUCUAAAAUGAUAUAAAGAUACACAAAGCAUCAUGGGAGUUGUAGUUCUACAACACCUGGGGAUCUACCUUUUGGGCAUCCCUGAUUUAAUUGAUAUGCUUUCCUAAAUAAGUGAGUUAAUACACGUAUAUAUGUAUGUAUGUUUAUACAUUUUUUUUAAAAUUAUAUAUAUAUAUAUAUAUAUAUAUAUAGAAUUCACAUACACACACACACACACACAACAUGUAAUCAGCAAAGUGAGGCAUAUAUUUUGUAGGUCUGUUUAAACAAGUAUAUCCACACUUAACCUUUGUACACAAGGAUUUUCUACAGGGCUCAGUGAGUUCAACUAUAGAAAUCCAGACCCACGCCUUAGGUAAUACAGCUGCUGUGGAUGGGAAUGACAGAUGCCUACAUAUAAGCUGGAUAUCUGCCUUAGGGAGACUAGAAUGGGCUCUUAAAGCAACAGGAACAAGAGAGGAGGCUGAGAGAUAUGAGAUAGAAGGGUGGCUACUGGCUAGGACUAACGAAGUUGUGGUGACAUUAUACAAUUUUUGUUUUACUGUUUGUACCUGUUUGAGUUUAUAUUGGAAUUACCUGCAGACAUGUCACAUGGCCCCUGCAUACAUUACGAACAGUAAACUUUUACAACUAGUGCUUGCCCUGCAGAACGGAUUCCCAAUAUAUAUUUUAACAAAUCUCUUUCGCUACAUUUUUUUUAGUAGCAUUCCUUCUAAAAGCAUAUAAAUCACUGCACCAGUGGUAGACAUUUAGAGUAAGAACCCUCGAUCCUUUUUAUGGAAAGGGGUUGUUAAGUCAGUCUACAUUUUGACAAUAUGAUGCAUUGGGGACUCAGUUUCUAUCACUCCAGAUUCCAGGGACAAUAAACCCCAUUUUGGUUGGGAAAUUUAGAGGUCAUACUCAGCGCUUCUGCAGCUGCAGUGACAGAGCUUCCCUAUGAUAAUUACAGCUGAAAACAUCUGUAUUCUCAAAGAUUCACUACAGCUUUCUUCUUUAAAAUAAAGAAUGAAAUGAAUAAUAUUUAUCCUAAUAUCAAAGGACAGCAAAUCUUGUUGCCAUAAGACACAGACUGACCGCCACUGUUUCUUUAUUUAAUUCCAUGUGAAUUACUCUUAUAUAUAAAUAUUGCUAACACUGUGUAUAGAUAUUUCACACUAAAAAGAAUUUUGUCAAGUGAGGGAUUCUUCUCUCCUCGACCUCUGGAAAGGUCUUCCCAACUGUAAGAACAUCUGCACUGCGAAAACAGAUGGCAGGGUUUGUGUUGUGCUACUAGGACUGUAUACACAAGACAUACACUUAUAUACCCUGACUAUCCCUGUUUGAAACUUGUCCAUCUUGCUGCCUACCUCCCAAGAACGGGAAGUACGGAUGAGGGGCAGGCGAGAGGGACCGCCAUAAGGAGGUCUCUGCAUAUAGCCUUAGUGCCCUGAGAAUACAUUGUGUUGCUUGGGAAUAUUUUCCUGGAGUCCCGUAACUGUGGAUUUGGUGGAACAGAGCUCCGAAUUCAGGACAGUUACAUGACCAUUGAGAGGUAUGGUUGAAGGCAACCAUAUAGUAUGCACAGCCUUAUAUUAAUGUGUGCAUAUAGAGAAAAUUACCAUUAAAACAUUACUUAAAAAAUUCCAAUUUAAAAAAGUUGUUACAAUUUUUUUGCUGUGUUGAGAAGAUGUAUAACGAGACAUGAAUGAUUCUUUAUUUUAGUGACCAUUGAAAAAUGCUUGGCAUUGGAUUGCAUAGCAAUAAAACACUACAUCUACAGAAGCACCCAUGUGUCAUUUUGGCAGGAAUUGCAGAGACUAAGCUGUAUGACGCCCACAAGAAGCUCCUAAGCACUAAUUUAUAAGACAAAUGCUUCUAAUUACUGCUGAGCCACUUACGUGGGUUUAUUGAUAGGAAUGUUAUAUGAACCAUCCUAUGCUGCUUUUAAAACUAAAUUUAAACCUUUUGUUCAUAAUUUUUUUAAUCUGUUUAGCAGGAUAUUUCCAACCAAGCAUGGUUUUCCUGGAUCAUGGUGAGGACUCAGGACCUAGAAAGCUAGGGGGUUCCUCAGCAAAUUACAGUUUUGUUUUCAUUUCAGUACAACAAAUAUUCUGCAGUAAGAGAGACUAUGGGACUAUGACUGUGCUAACAUGCAAAAACGACUAUAAGAUUGUGCAAUAUCAGCCAUUUUUGCAAUGCCAAUUUUGAGUUGACAAUAUUAGAUUAUUAUAUGAACAGCCUUUUCUCCUACCCAUUUACCUUUUUUUUCUGGUGCCAGGAAUGGCACUCUAAAGCAAAAAACGUAUUUGUUGGGCUCGCGUGAGUUGGUUCCUCUGAGAUUCUAGCUCAUGGUGGCUUGGAAAUUGGAAUUCACAAUAAAAUCAGACAAAUUGCAGUUGUGUUCGAAAUGAAUCUCCAAGUCUAGCAACUAUCACAUUCCAAAAUGUCUGCCUCUACAGUUAGAAGCUGACAAAACUCCUAAUGAAAAUUAUAACUUGCUUUAGUUCAAAUAGUCGGAAAAUAAGUCAUAAUAAUUGUUUUGGGGAUAUUGUCUGAAAUAAACUUUGUUAAAUAAUGCUGUAUCUCCAGCAGUUGAGAUAGACAUUUAUGACAAUAAAAACAAAAACAAAAAAAACCUUCAAUUUCAAUGCUUGCAUUAUGAAUCAUAAACAAUUGUACCUCCCAGUACAUAUUGCAUUUUUUAUUCCCUUUUUUUAUUGUAGACAGCUACUUACACACAAAUAUAAAUCUGGUAUUUAGCCUACAAAAUGAGCAAGCACCUAAAAAUUAUUUUAUGAGAGUUAAAAAAAUAAAUAAAAAAAGAAAUCAAUAGUUGAAAAUAUCAGCUGUGUUAAAAACCUAAACUUUACAAAUGGAUAUAUUCAAAUACUGCAGAGUACUGCAGAAUUUACAUACACUCAAACAUUUUUUGUGCCUCCUUGGUACCCUGAAUUUUAAAAUUUUGUUAAUUGUUAAUCAUUCUCUGUCACAGGAUACUCCAAUUUGUGCAAUGGUUGAUUCAAAAUAAGAUAUGUAUUAACAAUUUAACUUUUUAGAAUAGUUUCUUGAUUUCUUAUGUUUUGCUUCUCUUAGGGCAGCAACAGAUCACAAUGUUGACAACUCUACGGCCAUUUUACGAGAAUGGCUAAAGAAUGUCCAGAACUUAUACCACUACGUUGAGUGGAGGCCUAUGGCAGAACCUGAGUAAGUAUUUUGAUAUAAAUUACUAAAUAAUAUUGUUUAACACCAGGGCCGUCUUUAAUUUAGAUUGGACCCUGGGCGAGCAUUUACUUGGGCCCCCUGACUACGUCUAGAUACACACAAAUACACUACCUGACACACAUGCAGAUACACACUGACCACAUAUAGAUACAUACAAGAACAUACAGAUACACACAGACUACAUAUAGAUACACUGACACACACAUAGACACACACACAGAUACAAACACUGACAUACAUGCAGAUACAAAGGUACACACACUGACUACUUAUAGAUACACCGACACACACACUGAUACACAGACAGACACACAGAUACACAACCUGGCACACAUGCAGAUAUACAGAUACAAACACUGAAGCAUACAGAUACACACACAAAUACAAAUGGACAACAUACAGAUACAGAGACACAUUCUGACAGACGUACUGACACAGACUCACACACAGACAACCAUACUGAAACACACAUACACAAAGACAUACUGAACCACACAGACACUGAUGGACUGUCACACACAAACACAUACAGAUACACUGACAGACAUACUGGCACAUAUAAUCACAGACAGACGGACAUACUGAAACACACAUACACACAGACAUUGACAGACAUAUUGACAAACACAGACAUACAGAACCACACUGACAGACUCACACAUAGACAUACUGACAGACAUACACACAUUCUGGCACACACACACAGACAGACUGAAACACACAUAGACACAGACACUGACAGAUAUACACACAUACAGACAUUUUGAAACUCACAGACAGCCAUACUGAAACACACAUACAUACUGAACCACACAGACACUGAUGGACUCACAGACACAGACAUACUGACACACUGACAGACAUACUGGCACACAGACAGACAUUCUGGCACACAGACAGACAGACAUGCUGAAACACACAUACACACAUACAGACAGACAGACAUGCUGAAACACACAUACACACUGAACCACACAGACACUGACAGACUCUCACACACACAGACAUACAGAUACACUGACAGACUUGCACUCAUGCAAAAUUUGAUAACCACCCUCCAGUUUAUUACCUUUUUCUGGAGGGUGGCUUCCCUGGAGUCCCGUGGGCUGGCUGGGGUGGCUGGGAGUUAAGCUCUCCCGGCCUGGCCCCCUACGGAACAGCUGGACCGCCUUCCUCCCGGCUGUCACUUCCUCCCAGUGCUGCCGAAAAGCAAAGGCCCGGUCGCGCUGUUAAAGCACCACAGCACCCGACCGGGCCCCUGCUGACACAGGCCCACCGGGUGGCCCUAAGUGCAUGGGCCACCCAAUGGUCCCCCAUAGUUUGCGGGCAGAGGGGAAAUGGGGCAGCUGUCUUGGGCCCCCCAGCAGGGACAGGGCCCGGGGCAGCUGCCCCGUUUGCCCAGCGUUAAAGACGGCCCUGUUUAACACAAAAACUUAGUUAACGGAACACUCUGAGCACCUUAACCAGUGUAGUAUGCUAUGCUAUUCAUAAAUUGUAAAUAGUCAAGCAAUUUUAAAACAGUUUGACUUCUUACCUGGGGUCCACUGGCACAGUUCCCCACCUCCAUUACUUCCAGCCCUCUGUCUGAGCUGAGUCCGGCAGUGCAGUGCUUUGCUCAUUGGCCAAGAAAUAUUAGCUGACGCUGUCAGUCAAUAAGCUAGUCCUGCACAGCAGAGUUUAGCUUGGGAGAGCUAAUGGAAACCCCUUACUAAGAAGUAGUGGAAGUUGUAGAGACGCCCAGUAGACCCAGAUAAGAAGUCAAAACAUUUUAAAAUGGUUUUAUUACUUACAAUGUGAAGGGGAUAGGGAUUUAUUUGAUUAUAUAUCGGUGUAUAUAUAUAUUUUUCAUUCUUUUACAGUGUAGAUAAUAACAGGUACGAAAUGGAAGGAAUUGCAGUGCAACCGAAUAAUCUUAUAAACACAGCAUGUUCUUCCUGUUUAUUUAUUUAUUUAUUUAUUUUGUCUAAAACUCACUGUUGUGAGAAAACAUUGUACAACAAACACUGUGAAACAAUGUGACAUAUAAUGAGAUAAUAAUACAAUACGCAGAAAUGACAAAGUCAGGGAGCUGAGGGUUUUAAGAGGCUAUGUCGCCAAUCGCUUAUAAUCGCCACCUAGUGGACCUGCGGGCUAUAAACUGGUGAGCAAGCAGCGCUUGUAUAUCACGAGGCUCGUAAGGAGGUAUACACUCGCUGUCAGCGUGCUUAUAUGCUAGCUAGCUGGGGUGAAUAUAUAGGGUAAGGUGAUAUAAGAUGAGGUGAACCCUGUUUGGUUCAGGAUGACCCCUAUAGGACAGGUAUGUCUUGUGAAUAAAUGCUUGGUACUGGGUGUAGGGGUUACUGCUUUCCCUGGGGUUUAACGCCUCACUGCCUUCAAAAUAGGACUCAUCUCUAGUAAGUCGUAGGUGGAGGUGGGGGGGAUUUGGCCGUCAGGCUAACUCUAUGGAGCGUAGGCACGCUGUGUGUUUCCGCCCUUUAAUGGGUGUAACAAAAAUUGCGGGGUGAACGGGUGAAAGAAGUGGACAUAUGGUGAACUAUGUACAGUCCAGAAUUUUUAAGUGGUUAGUGUAGGGCAGGUUGCGGGAGCCUUCAGGUGGUUACUGCUGCAUAGGCAUCUGCUUCAGCCCGCUGUGGUACGAACGGGGUGAUGUUCCUUUGAUCCCAUCUGUGGGUUGCGGCCAGGGCUUUCUUUUGUUGCAGAGAUUCUUGCGGGAGGUCGAGAAUCCCCAGAAGGGCGCAUGCUAUGGUCUUAUGCUGUACUGUGUAGGUUGCGCCUCCAUGUGUGAUUAGGAGAGAACAGGGUUGUAUGGAAUCGUGCGUUCUCAGAGUAGGGAGGUGAAUGGUUGCAGUGAUCUUCUCCAGGAUAUUGUACUGCCAGAGAUGUCUCUGAGGACGUUUUCAGGGUGCUCAGUCUGCCGACAAGACCAGAGAGGUCUGUAUAUUCUUUUGCAGGUUGGAGAGCAGGUCUUUUAGUGCCUCCAUCGUGACAGGCUGGGAGUCAGGGUUCCAUGGGGUCACAGGGAUUGGGGCCCGUGUAGGUAAGUUUACAGCCACCUCGUCGAGCGGGUCUUCCCCUGAGGAUUCUGAGAAGUCCCCCAUGUAGUCCACCAUCCUGGGUCCCGCCGCUCCCUGUAUUUGGCGCAGCAUGUCGCCGAUGUUCAUGUCCAGUCAGGCUUCUGCUAUUUUGUUUUACUGCCCAUAUUUACCUGAUCGGCACCGGCACCGGUACUCGCCCAGGUCUGUAAAUCGUUUUUUUUUUUUGCUGUUUUACGUGGUUCAGGACCAGAGCACAUGUAGCGUGUGUCCCUCCACUUCAAACGCUAGGCUCUGCCCCUCCUCAUUCUCCCUGUUUUUAUGCAUAGUUAUCAUAUAAUUAUUAUUAAAAUGGUCUAUUUUGAUGCAGCAGACACACUGGUAUGUACUUAUGUUGAUCAUCAUUUGUGAAGAAGUACGGAAUGUAAUUUUCUUUCAACCGCUCCACUUUUUUCAGUGAAACACUUUUUGUCAAUGUUAAUUCUAGUUCCAAAGUGUAUUAGACUAAUUCCUAAGUUAAAUUCCUUCAUUUUGCUAGGUCUUACUCUGAUGAAUACGGACCAAAGCACUGGCCAGCUUCAAGAUUUUCACAUGUGAUGAAACUGCGCCAGGCCGCUCUACGUACUGCGAGGGAAAAGUGGUCGGAUUACAUCUUGGUAAGGGCUAGCAGUGCGUAAAAGAAUGAACAAGACUGAAUGUAAAACACUCUGGUAUAUCCAAUUUCAUUGUGGCCUGUGAAAGAAUAUAUUAUGGGGUUACCCUGAAUAUAGUUGUAGUAUUUAUUUUCUCAUUUGCAGGAGGACUGAGCCAUAAAAUAUUUUUUAUUGCUGGAACAUACAUUCAGUCCUGGCAUUGUGUAGCCACUGUGUUCCAGCAUUCCCUAGGUGAUUCACAAUUUAAGACUGCCUGUUUAGCUACAGUGGAGGGUAUGGAGAGCAGAUGAUCCCUUGUAAAACUUGUGUAAAGAUCUAGUGGUCAAAGAGGGACACUUUCAUUUUUAGGGGUUGUGACCUAAUACAGGCAUGCAAUGACACAGCUAAUGACAUUUAAUUAAGGCCAAAUCACUGAAAAUUUCCAAAAUACGGAAGGUUAUACUUUUUUUGUAUGAGGUUCCAGACUGAGGGGGAGAGCUUCAAGGGACUCCUCUGACUGAAAACAGUUUAAUGACAAUUCUUCAUAGUAGUCCUUUUUAAGGUGUUAAAAAAUAAUUUCUACUGUGAUUAAUGAAAUAUUUUUGAAAAUUAACUUUUAACCAGAGAUGUAUUUACACAUUAAAACCAAUAUGCAAUUUGAAUGCAGUUUUGAGUAAUAGUAUGAUAAAUUGGGCUGCUAUUUUGUUUAUUUGAAGUAUAUAGAUGCAGACAACUUCUUGACCAACCCUCAAACAUUAAAUCUUCUUAUUAACGAAAACAAGACAAUUGUGGCUCCGAUGCUGGAAUCUCGGACACUGUACUCAAACUUCUGGUGCGGAAUAACCCCUCAGGCAAGUGAUAAAAAUCUGCAUGGUUUGUAUUCUUCUGUAUUGCUUUUUAGUGCAAAUCUAAAUACCCAAACAUUUACAUACUAUUUUGUAAAGAAUUUAGUAAAACUUGAUAAUAACCCUAAAAUGUAUUUAUUAUUAUUAUUUAUUUAUUAAAGUAGCAAUGCACACAAUUACAUUUAAAUAAUCAUUGACGGUAAUAAAAAUAAAUGUUUUAGGUUUUAGACAAGGAAAAAAAAUCAAUUUUCUAGCUAUUUUACCAGUUUAGAUAUUAUGUGCUGAGAUUUGUCAGUUUCCUUAUCAGCUCUUUGUUUAGUGAAUAAGCCUCAUAGGCCUCAAGUUGAUAUUAAUGGAUAAGCUUUCCAAACAAUUUAAUAUUUUAUAAUACACUUUUAAAAUAAUUUUUUCAGUCUAUUGAAAGACCAAAAAAAUUAUAUCAUAUAUACAUUUUUUUUAAAAUAUUACAAAAUUAAAAUAUUUUUUAUAACAUUAAAGGAGCACUAUAGUGCCAGGAAAACAAAUUUGUUUUCUUGCCACUAUAGGGUUAUUAGGUCCCUGUCCCCCCCCCUCCAUCAGGGCCCCACUCCUGCUGGGCUGAAGGGGUUGGAACCCCUUCAGCCACUUACCUUAAUCCAGCGCCAGGCUCCCUCUGCACUGGUGACUUCUCCUCCUCCUGCCGACGUCAGCUCCGAAUGCACAUGCACGACAAGAGCCACACGCGCAUUCAAACCGCCCAUAGGAAAGCAUUACUCAGUGCUUUCCUAUGGUUGUCCAGCUUCCUCUAAGUGGGAUUUUCACACUGAGAAUCGCGGAAACGGCCAUUGGUUGCUGUCAGGGAGACAGCCGCUAGAGGCUGGAUUAACCCUCAGUGCAACAUAGCAGUUUUUCUGAAACUGCUAUUUUUACAGCUGCAGCGUGAUAACUAGGGGGAACUGGCACCCAGACCACUUAAUUGAGCUGAAGUGGUCUGGGUGCCUAUAGUGGUACUUUAAAUCAUUUUAAAAGUGUAUCCAAAAAAUAUUUAAUAAUUUAUCCAACAAUAUUUAAUUGAGGCCAUAGUAUCAUAUAGGGAUAUGGUAACUAUGCAUAAAAAUCUUCUUAAAAUUCAAUGUCCAUAUGUGAUGGAAGUUUGUAGCUUGACAAUGACCUCUUAGCAGGUCGAAACGUUGCUGCUCUUUUCUGUUCUAUUAAUACUGCCUGCGGCUUGGACACCUUGAUUUUCUUUUUUACCUUAUCGCUGUGGGAUUGCUGAUCUUGCUCCGGAGCACCAGGUGGCUGCUGGGAUUGAGUGCAGCUCCUAUUUUCAUUGUUGAAUCAGUUUGGCCAUUAUGACGUAUUAUAGAUCUUUAAAGUAAUACGUUAUUUAUUUACUCCAAGAAAUAUACACUUUAAAUGCAUAUAAACUAUCUCCAGUUAGCAUCCCACAGAGAGCCCUUCAGUUAGACAUCCAUACUGUUUUUAAACUGGUCCCAUUUCUCCUCGUAAAAUUUUGGCCUCUUGUUUUUUGGCUCAGUUUGAGGUGUAUGUUUUAUCAGGGCUCAGAAUUUCCACGUGGCACUAGCCAUUGGGAAGGGAAAAUUUAGAUCUAGCUAGUGGAAAUUCACCUCUAGUGGAUAGGCUAUUACUUGCAAUGACGAGCAACUUUUAAGGUCUGGCUAGUAGCAUAAGAAUUCAGAUUUUGAGCGCAGUUUUAUAUAUUGUAUACAAAAUUAAUAAAACAUUUUGCUCUCUCCAGGGUUACUAUAAAAGAACACCCGACUAUGUGUUGCUAAGAGAGUGGAAGAGGAUGGGUUGUUUUCCUGUGCCAAUGAUUCAUUCAACAUUCCUUAUUGAUCUCCAGAAGGAGGCUUCGGGAAAUCUACAAUUUUAUCCACCGCACGAAGAUUACACGUGGGCAUUUGAUGACAUCAUCGUUUUUGCAUUCUCAAGCAGGCAAGCAGGUUUGUUUAGAGCUGGAUUACUGGAACUGUGUGCUGCGCAAUGAAUCUUCAUAGAUCUUCAUAUCUUGUACAUAAUUCCAUGGGGUUUAUUUAUCAAGAUGUUAAGUUAUAAAAUGUUGUCUAAAGUACUAAAAGUGAGUCACUCACCAUGGAAACUCAUGGGACCAGUAGGAAUAUUCCAUUGGUGACUCUUCCUAUGUUACAUUUUUGCACCACUUUUUAGAAAAGAAAAUUUAUUUUUUUAACGUUGACAUUUUUAAUUAAGGUUGUUUGAAAUUACAGAAAAAAGGGGGUUGGUUAGGGUGCAGGUAUAAAUUUCAACUUGUUCUCAGCUUUCGAUAACAUAUGGAUAGUUUUUAACAUUCAGGUGAUCCUGUCUAAUAGGAGUAGAUAGAACAGAACAUUUUGAUAAAUAGCCUUACUUGUCUCAACUAUUUGUAUAAAUAAAGGCUUCCAUUUAUUGACUGUUGACCUAAAUUUAAAAAUGUCUGACCAGUUAGUAGUGAUGUCCCGAACGGUUCGCCACGGACGGCGAACAUAUGCGCUGUUCGGUCCGCCCCCUAUGUCAUCAUUGAGUAAACUUUGACCCUGUACCUCACAGUCAGCAGACACAUUCCAGCCAAUCAGCAGCAGACUCUCCCUCCCAGAUCCUCCCACCUCCUGGACAGCUCACUAAGAAUGCAGCUUCACAAUGAAUGUAAAAUGGAUGCUGUCCAGGAGGUGGAAGGGUCUGGGAGGGAGGGUCUGCUGCUGAUUGGCUGGAAUGUGUCUGCUGACUGUGUGGUACAGGCUCAAAGUUUACUCAAUGAUGACAUAGGGGGCGGACCGAACAGCGCAUAUGUUCGCCAUCUAUGGCGAACCGUUCGGCGAACCAUUCGGCGAACUUAGUGAAUAACCUGAAUGUUUGAGGACUGUGCUUCUACUCAUGUGCCAUCUACAAAACAUGUCAUGGUAUGUACUAAACUUUGAAUUUGAUCAAAUACGGGCAAAUAUAGCCAUGAUACGGGUAUAGUGAGAUCGAGAACUUAUCCAUAUGAGCUGUUUUUGCCUACAAUUUACAAUUUGGAGUUUGGUUAAUAAACUUGUGUAAAUUAAAUCAGAUCAUUGCAAGAAGGUGUGUGACAAGCAUGUAUUGAUGUCUUGUGCAUUUAUAAUAUAAUAAUUCACAUGGAUGUUUCUUAUUUAGAAGGUCUGUAUGCCGAGAAAUAGUUUCUUCAUAUAUUAUAUUUUGGAGACUGAAUGGGAAUAUCUACCAGGGCCAUAACUGUAGCCGAUUCCCAGAGUGUAGUUUUGGUUUUAAUUGCCAAGAUCUCCAAAAGUUCUGAAGAAAGAUAUUUGAACAUGAAGGAGAAAUAGAGGCAAUUAGUUCCACAGGGAUUAAAAAUCCAAGUUCCAAAUUACUAGCCAGGCCUUAAAAGUUACCCACCACUGCAAGCCUGGCGAGUCCAUAGCAUACUCGCCAGAGUAAACAUCUACUGGCCAGCGCUAAAUUUUAAUUUGCCAGUGCCAAAAGAAUGACUGUGUACUAAAUAGGUAUACUUUGCAUGUAUAACGAAGUAACCAGUCUGACUGGAGUCAGUAGAGAGACACUGUGCUGUUUAAUCAGUGCUCGGUUACAUUUCUAGAACUGUACACUCAAGCUGGAUUAUUAUAACUCCAGUCCCCAUCUCAGUGUUAUUAAAUAAGAAGCCAUUCCUAUGUUUCAGAUGGUUAUUUUAUGUCACAAAGGGUGUGCUGUGCAUUAUGGGACUGUUUCAUGCCAAAAUGUGAAAAUUAAAAAAAAAAGAAAAAGCUGUCCCAAUCUAUUAUUAUCAUCAUCAUCAUCAUCAUCAUAACACUCAGAGCAUAAAUGUUACCAUUUUCCUUAAGUGUACUGCAUGUAUAUAUAUAUAUAUAUAUAUAUAAUUGAAAUAAUGAAAGAGGUGCACUCACGGGUUUUUGAAAGAAAAAAUCUUAACUCCUUUUAUUGCAUAUAAGCAAAAAAAUGGACUCACAGUCCCAAUCGACGCGGUUAGCACCAGGGUAAGAAAUUGUUUAUUAUCUUUAGCACAGAAAGGUGAGUGCCAAGUCUUUUGUACAUCUCCUCCAUUGCAGCGAUGCAGUGGCCAUAGCUUUUUAUCUUAAAAGAGAGGAAGGUUUUAUUCUCUCAUCAAUCCUUUGUCAGUGUCUCUCCUCUAAGCAGGACAUAUCAGGCUGCUGUCAGUGUUCCAUAUAGUUAGACAGGCUGACUGCUGUCUGUAGAAUACUCAGGGAACACAGCAGCUCACACUGGAAGGAGGGGAAUUAUCUAGCUACAAAACACACAAGGGGGAUAUAUUUAAAAAGUGGUGAAUAAAGUGCUGGUAAGAUGUCAAAGAGGAGAAGUCACCAGUGGAAUGUGCCUGCUGGUUCACUGGUUUCCAUAGUGAUUGCCCCACUUUUAGUACCUUAGGGCACCCAGAAUGAAACACGUUUGGUACAUAACCCCAAUAUCUUUUAAAGUAAAACAAUGAUUAUACCCUACAAUACAUCUUUCAUGGCAUUUACCCUUUAAGCUUCCAGGAAGGUAGACGAGACAACCAAUAUAUAUAUCUUGCAGUCUGACACACAAGUAUUGAGUACAUGAGAUUUGAAGCUCUCGGUUUUUAUUCCAGCACUGUGAAGGGCCAGCUUCUUCUAACAGAUGGCUGAGAGAAUCAGAUUAAGGGGAUUAACUCUGUCUCCAGGUUGGAGAAACACAAGUUCCAAACACAACUUUAGAAAGGUGGUUAUUACUUGCCAGAAAACUAUUUAGAAGCCAAACUGCAAGCUGGUAUAUGAUGUUUUUAAUCACAGUAAAAAUUUGUUAAAGGGGAAAAUGUAACUCCUGUCCUAGCACAUUCAGAGCACAUGAUACAACCAUCCACUAUGUUGUUUUUUUAUGUAUGUCUGGGGUACCCAUCAGUGCUGUGUUAAUUGGUGUGAAAUUCUCUUAAAAUAUACUUGAAUGCUGUUAUUGUUACAGGAAAUGGGAGAGAUCAGAAACGGAUGUCUAAAUGAUACAGUGGCUUGUUUCAUACAAAAGUGCUUUUCAUCUCUCUUGUAGGAAUUCAAAUGUAUAUCUGCAACAGAGAGCACUAUGGAUAUCUCAUUGUACCUCUAAAACCACAUCAAAGCUUGCAGGAGGACAUAGAGAGUUUCAUUCAUAUCCAGACUGAAGCAAUGAGUAAGUAAUGGUGUAACUUGUAGCCUCCUGACACUGCAGCACUGUCAGCCACUCAAUCUAGUUGCCAUAGAGAACUAGAAAAGUCAGAGCCUAUGGCAGAAGGUACAGCCCAAGGAAUCUGGAGCAAAUCCAAGAGUGAUACCUUCGUGCAGAAAUGUUUGGGUUUGUAUGUCUACAUGGUCUCAUGGUUCUAAUGAUGAUAUAACAUUUACCCUUAUUAGAGCACCCAAGGAUUACAACAUGCAUAGCAGUAGAGAUCUGUUCUGAAAAAGGUACAGAUCCAUUUUCUCUUGAGACUGAAUAUAUUGCCAUGUAGUUGAAUAUAACAUAUAGAUAUACUGCCUUGGAAUGAAUAUGGAACAGACUUUUGCUCCGUCUCAGUUUAGGUACAUAUAUAUAUUACCUUGCAGCUGAAUAAUGCAAAGACCAACACUUCCUUAUGACUCAAUAAAUUGCAGAUCGGUACUCUCUCAUAACUGAAUAAGGAACUACAGGUCUGUAUUCCCUCGUGAAUGAGGCAUAGGUCUGUACUCCAUUGUGAAUGAAUGAGGCACAGGUCUGUACAUCCUCGUGAAUGAAUGAGGCACAGGUCUGUACUCCCUCGUGAAUGAAUGAGGCACAGGUCUGUACAUUCUCGUGAAUGAAUGAGGCAUAGGUCUGUACUCCAUUGGGAAUGAAUGAGGCACAGGUCUGUACUCCAUCGUGAAUGAAUGAGGCACAGGUCUGUACUCCCUCGUGGAUGAAUGAGGCACAGGCCUGUACUCCCUCAUGAAUGAAUGAGGCAUAGGUCUGUACUUCAUUGGGAAUGAAUGAGGCACAGGUCUGUGCUCCCUCGUGGAUGAAUGAGGCACAGGUCUGUACACCCUCAUGAAUGAAUGAGGCACAGGCCUGUACUCCCUCAUGAAUGAAUGAGGCAUAGGUCUGUACUUCAUUGGGAAUGAAUGAGGCACAGGUCUGUGCUCCCUCGUGGAUGAAUGAGGCACAGGUCUGUACACCCUCAUGAAUGAAUGAGGCACAGGUCUGUACUCCCUCAGGCAUAGGUCUGUACUCCAUUGUGAAUGAAUGAGGCACAGGUCUGUGCUCCCUCGUGGAUGAAUGAGGCACAGGUCUGUACACCCUCGUGAAUGAAUGAGGCACAGGUCUGUACUCCCUCAUGAAUGAAUGAGGCAUAGGUCUGUACUCCAUUGUGAAUGAAUGAGGCACAGGUCUGUGCUCCCUCGUGGAUGAAUGAGGCACAGGUCUGUACACCCUCGUGAAUGAAUGAGGCACAGGUCUGUACUCCCUCGUGAAUGAAUGAGGCACAGGUCUGUACUCCCUCGUGAAUGAGGCACAGGUCUGUACUCCCUCGUGAAUGAAUGAGGCACAGGUCUGUACUCCCUCGUGAAUGAAUGAGGCACAGGUCUGUAUGAAUGAGGCACAGGUCUGUACUCCCUCGUGGAUGAAUGAGGCACAGGCCUGUACUCCCUCAUGAAUGAAUGAGGCAUAGGUCUGUACUUCAUUGGGAAUGAAUGAGGCACAGGUCUGUGCUCCCUCGUGGAUGAAUGAGGCACAGGUCUGUACACCCUCAUGAAUGAAUGAGGCACAGGCCUGUACUCCCUCAUGAAUGAAUGAGGCAUAGGUCUGUACUUCAUUGGGAAUGAAUGAGGCACAGGUCUGUGCUCCCUCGUGGAUGAAUGAGGCACAGGUCUGUACACCCUCAUGAAUGAAUGAGGCACAGGUCUGUACUCCCUCGUGAAUGAAUGAGGCACAGGCCUGUACUCCCUCGUGAAUUAAUGAGGCAUAGGUCUGUACUCCAUUGUGAAUGAAUGAGGCACAGGUCUGUGCUCCCUCGUGGAUGAAUGAGGCACAGGUCUGUACACCCUCGUGAAUGAAUGAGGCACAGGUCUGUACUCCCUCGUGAAUGAAUGAGGCACAGGUCUGUACUCCCUCGUGAAUGAGGCACAGGUCUGUACUCCCUCGUGAAUGAAUGAGGCACAGGUCUGUACUCCCUCAUGAAUGAAUGAGGCAUAGGUCUGUACUCCAUUGUGAAUGAAUGAGGCACAGGUCUGUGCUCCCUCGUGGAUGAAUGAGGCACAGGUCUGUACACCCUCGUGAAUGAAUGAGGCACAGGUCUGUACUCCCUCGUGAAUGAAUGAGGCACAGGUCUGUACUCCCUCGUGAAUGAGGCACAGGUCUGUACUCCCUCGUGAAUGAAUGAGGCACAGGUCUGUACUCCCUCGUGAAUGAAUGAGGCACGGGUCUGUACCUUGUGUCUGAAUAAGAAGCUGAACUGUAGGUUCUCACACAGUUGAAUAAGGGCUAUGCGAUAUUAUGGUAUACAUUAUAAAUUCAUUUGCAGGACAAUCAGGCAUACAAUGUAAUUGAAAAACUAAAAACCAAUUCAUUUAAAAAAAGAAAAAACAAGCACGAUCCCUACCUAACUUUCAUUAAGCUGUAUGGGUUGCAGAGAAGAUUUAUUCACUUAACUGGGAAUUGUGGAGAAUUGAAUACAGAAUUGAUCAUUUUAGGUUGAAAUGGUUAUAUACUGGAGAAAUUAUACAAGUUUACAAGCUGUUAUUCCUGCUCAUCUAUAUUUGCCAGUAACGUGCAAUUUCUUUGUUGCUUCUGCACGAUUCCUCCUUUACUGAAUAAAUCCGUCAGCCUUGCAAAAUCAUCAAACAAAUAUCAAUGUGUCCUUAGCUCCUUCCUGUAAACACGACACACCUUUUGUAACAUCGUCAAUGCAAACCUCUUUAUGGCACAGCUAAGAAGGGCCUGCCACAACUUGACAGCCUGAGCAGGUUUGUAGCAAUCUAAUAUUUAUGUUUCUGUUUGAUGGUGUUUACAUGGCAGGAUUGGCUUUGCUGUGUUCUUUUUAAUAUUUAAUUAAAUCAGAUAAGACUUCUGAGUUUGACAUGUUAGGGUUUAUUCACCAAACCAGCAAUUAAAGUGGCAUCGGAGUAAGAAAUAAAGAAUAUCUUACUACUUAGGGAGCAAGCAUCAAACAAUGUGGUGUUCUACAUGCAAAAUGAAAUAUUAUCACUAGGGAGUCUAUUAGUAGAAUAGGAUGUUUCUGUAAGUUUUUGUAAUUGUCUCAUUUAUCGUUAAAUCUCCCGCUUUGAUAAUAUUGUAAAGCGAUACGGAAUAUGCUGGCGCUAUAUAAAUACCAGUAAUAAUAAUAAUAAUAACAGCCUUAUUUUACACAUGUUUUGUUUUCUUUCUUAUACACAUUAUCUUGAAAGCUAUACCAGUUUUUUUUACAACCAAAAUAGCCAGGAUUAUUUUAAACCAAAAUAGCCAGAUUUAUUUUUAUCCAAAAUAGCGAGAUUUAUUUUAAACCAAAAUAGCCAGAUUUGAAAGAUGUUGGUCUAAAAUGUGCAAUACUCUUGUCAGUUCUUCGCAGUGAACUUUAGUGAAUAGACCAUUGGAUGUUGACUGCAACAGUAUCACAGACAUGGUUAUUAAUUAAAUUGAGAAUUUUUAGCAAAUAUGGUUAGCAAAACUGAAGCUACAUUACUCAGACGGUGACUGUAGUGGAGGUUUAGAAUUUUUCUAAAUCAGCUAUUGUUGCUCUAAAUGUUGCCAUUCAAUUUAACCUGGAAUGGCAGAAGCAACAAAGGGGUUAAUAGCUCAUGUCCAGCAAUUUCCAUACAGAGUACAAUUAGUAGGUUAUCUGGAGGCUGGAUGCUCCCAGGGGCAGUAAAUUAAUCUUGAGCUCAAGGACAGAUUUAAUGAAAGGAGAGCUGUAAUCUGAAGCUUGCGCAGACACAGGACGCCACCUGCUGUCUGCGAGAUCUCCAGCCUGCUUCGAAUCUUCGAGGGUUGCAGGAUAUUGUGUGGAGGAAGGAACAGCCUAGCAGGAUUAUUCGUUAAAGCAGGAAAUAUGGUCUCUUUUGACUCCUAGCAUGAUGCAUCAUGUCUGAAUUAGUUUUUUAACGAAUAAACCCACACGUGUUGGUAAUAACAUAAACAUACACAAUUAAUGUGAGUACAAAAUUAUUUCUAAUACUUUGGAGACUUGACCCAGGUUUGAUUGGGUCCAUCCUGAAUUCAUGGUUCCUAUUACGGAUUACUUCCAGGUGUCCCGUAUCUAGGAGCACUACAGAAAUGGUACCUAUCAGCAAAGUUCCUGUGAAUAAUGUGAAUCGAUACGCUCACAGUGAGCAAAGAAAAAUCAGGGCUCUGAGACCACAGGUAGAAUUCCCUUAGAAGUGCUCUAUUCAUGGUCUUUACUCAGUGGGGCUGGCCAUAGAGGUUAUUAGUAAGCCUGCAGUGCAUGCACAUCAGGCCGGUACACCACCUUUUUUGAUGGGGUUUACCCCUUUUGUGGGCAUACUGACCCAUAGUUUCCAUCCUCAUAUUAACUGCCCACCUGCCCGACCUGCGUCUAUACCUCCCGUCGUUGAGAAGUAUAAAACUUAGAAACAUUUCACAAUCAGCUUGUUUAAGUAUUACAUUUGUAAUUCUCUAGCCAGAUCACUAUAUUUCAGUUCAAUACAACCCUCCUGUGAUCUGUUAGAGUUGAUUGCAUACACUGAAGUGCUUCCUUUACAGUUAAAUUAGUACAAGUCAUCUGCUUAUUGCUUGGCAACUGUGAAACCAUUCUAGAAUUGAACAGUAACUGGAUAUGUCCUUGUUGCAUAAGGGUAUUGUGUAAUGCAACUAUUUAUGCAGAAAGCUAUUAUAGUAUAACAGCAAUCAAACAGAUAUUAUACUCCUGGGACCAAGAACAAAAUGCGGCACCCACUCCACGAACACAUCAAGCCUCAUUGGACAUACCAUCAUUCCUCACACACAGCUAAUUUACCAAUCACAUCUAAACAUAAUUAUCCACAUCCGCGUAUAACAAGCUACUCACAGACACAUCUACUUAGCAACACACAUAGAGAUGUGGACAUACAGGCUCAUCUAGGUAUUGAUGCACACCAUCUUCACAUGAAGCCAAACAGGCCAGCCCAACUCAGGGCCCCUAAACGCACAUACUUUUUGUAUAGGCAGUAAACUAUUAUAUCUGUUUUGUGCUUUUCUCACAUGUUAGCAUUCCAGAUUAUUUUUUCAGCCAUACAAUGUUAGUUUAAGAUUAGAAUCGGUAUGGGGAUCUUAUGAGAGCUACCAACAAAACUACACUGUUCAUGUGGAGCAGGCAAUAUUUUAGGGGUCCAUAAGUGCUGCUUUCCACAUAGACUUUUCAUAGGCAGCAUGCAGGCUUCAAACCCUUUAGAAGCUUUAUGCUUUACGAUGUACCUGCAAGACAAAAAUAAGCAGGCUUAGGUAUGAAACGUUGAACAAAUGAUUAUAAACUGAGCAGAUGCAUGCCUGCUAACUGGGAAAUUCUAUGGGGGGAAAUAAAACUUUUGGACCCUAUAAUACAGUCCUACUUUUUGUCCAUGGACAAACGAAUGGUGCAGAAGUUUUGGUAGCAUCGAUAUAAAUACACAUGACAAUUUUUGUCUUAAAAUAUGACUUAAGAAUGAUAUCUGGCACUAGAGGCAUUUCCCACUAUAACCUACAUGGUAUUAAGGUAUGUGCGGUAGAGGGGUAGGACAUCAUGGAUGGAACAUUCUGCUGAAUAACAUGCCCAGAGUUCUAUAUGUUUUUUUUCUUACUUUAUAUUUGCUAUUAUUGUCUUAACCUUCCAUCCAGUGGGUUUGGUGUGUGCAAUUUUGAUUGUGUUUUUUUCUUGUUAUGAGACCACAAUGCUUAUGUGACAAUGUUAUUGGGGUAUAUAUUGAAAUAAUACUCCCAUUUAAUAAUUUUUAGUUGACCGGCCUCCUUUGGAUCCAUCUCCAUAUGUCCAUGUGCCUCCCAAACAUCCGGAUAAGAUGGGGUUUGACGAGGUAGGUUUCCCAUUUUUUGAUUUACAGUUUUACAUUUUUUACAUUCUUUAUAAAGACAUAUAUACAUAUUUUAAAAGUGACGUAAAAAUUAAAGGAAAAGCAAAAAAUUGUUCCGGGUUGCUAAGUAUCAGUUCUGGCGUAUGACACCAGCAUGCACCCCUUCACGCCACCCCUGUUCUCCCCCUUAGUUUUCCCUCCCUGACUUCCCUUUCCCUCCCACUGCGAUGAGGGAAACUGAUGUCUGCUCAACUUUAGGGAGAUUUAAAGGAACAAUAUAGGAUCAGAAACACAUGUAUUCCUGACCCUAUAGUGUUUAAGCCCCCCUGGUUCCACUUGCCCUCCAAAAUAUAGCAAAUCUUCCUUUUACUCCAGUCUGCUGGCUCUGCUCCUGAUCUACCUGCUUGGCUGACAUCAUCAGAUGUGGUGGUCUGACCCAAGGAGGAAGAUUGGAGCAGAGCCAGCGCAAGCCAAACCCAGCCCUGGCCAAUCAGCAUCUUCUCAUAGCGAUACAUUGAAUCAAUGCAUCUCUAUGAGGAAAGUUCAGUGUCUUCUCCAUGCAGAGGGUAGAGACACAGAAUAUCAGUCACAGUGUGCAGCAUUGCCUCCAGAAGCACCUCUAAUAGCCAUCUGAGGAGUUGCUAGUGGAGGUAUCCCUUGGCUGUAAUGUAAACAAUGCAUUUUCUCUGAAAAGACAGUGUUUACUGCAAAAAACCUGAACAAUAAACUGUAGUUGUUCUGGUGAUUAUAGUGUCCCUUUAAGUAAGUAUAGGGGGCGGAUCAUCACAGAAAGAGUUACUCCAAGCACAAGGGUUCGCGUAACCCUUUAACCCAUUGCUGGGGAGUUAUAGAAAGAAAUAUCUUUGAGAGGACAUGCCGAUUUUCAGAAUUUCUAUACAUUAUACAGAUGGAGUAAUUACAUUUUAAUUUUAAAGUAAACUAGCCAACAUGGAAACAUAGCUGAUAUUUUUCCAGUUAUGUAGUGUUUAUUUGAAAUUUGCUGUUUCCUUAUCUGUACAUAGUUUCCAGUUUAGAGAAUAAACCCCUGUAUGUUAAUGGCUCCCAUUUGUCUUCACAUCAAACUACAGAAUGUUAGCAUCUAUUAGAAACCUAAAAAUAAAUAGAUUACAAAGUCAAAAUGACCUUUAGCAUGACAAUAAGCAUAGAAAAGUAUAUGGGAGACAUUUAGUAAAUCAAAUUUAAUUUAAAAAAAUAAUUAAAUAAUAAAAAAGUUAAUUGUUAUGAAAACAUUGUUAUGAGAGACUCGGCCUAUAUUUCUUACUUGUAUGUAUCCUACAAAAAAUCAAAAUAGCAAAUAUAAUUCAAACAAACUAUGAAAUCAGGAUGGGCAGGAGUAGGGAAGUGUUAGUGGUAAACAACUGUAGAACUGGUGAUGAGUACAAGCUUAAAGGCAUCAUUACUUCUACAGCCCACUGCAGUGUUUAUGAUGCCAGGAGUAUCUGGUCCUGGUACUCUGGCCUGGUUCCCUGGUAAAGAGCAUACCAUUUAAAUGGUAUGUCCUGUUACCUGGAUCCCUGACAGGCGCUAAGGCUCCUAUCCUAACGGGAGCUUUGUAGCUCUACAGAUCCAGUCGCAAUUCAUUGGCUGAGGGCAUCAGCUAACCGCUCUCAGCUAAUAACAUUAGCCAGACCGGAACUCUUGUUCCAGGCUAGCUAAUGACAUGCCAAAGACACUGUCGGACGUGGAGUUACACUUCCGGCAGAAAACUGAAACGCUGCACAUACAGACUCUACGCACCAUGACCACUUCAAAUCACAGCUAAUAUAUAUGCUUGUAUAUAUGUCCACACCCUGAGGUUGAAAGACUCUCCCAAUAAUUUACAUGAUGUAACCUUAAUAGCCCUUGAGAAAACAAUGCAUUGUAAGGUAGAUGUUGGUGAUUAAAAAACAAGGAUAGGGGAACAUCAAAAUAAAAUAAGAAAUUAACAUUAAAAACAUGUAGUUCAUUUACAUUAUAACAUGUUCAAGCACACAGGAGAACAGGAAUCUAGAUAAAAGGGAGACCUUUUCAAUUAAUACAUUUGAGGACCAAUAAGGUCACCCAGGUCACUUCAUCUAAAUGUUUUAAAGACAUUUCUAAACCAACUCAAGAGCAGUGAGCCGACAUCUGAAUAAAAUUUGUAAACCAGAACCAGAGUAAUUUUUUUAGUGCCAAUGUUGAUAUUGUGUGUCAGCACUGACUGGUUUCCUAUACCAGAAUCAGUAUUGGCCAGCCCUGUUUAUAUUCUAUGUGCCAAGGCCAAGCCAGCCCAGACUAGAGUAGUCACAAGUUGUAACCUGCCAAAACAAAAAGCCAAUAUUCAGGCAGGCUUUAUACAGCCAGGAUAACUCUUUUGUAAAAUGCAUCAUUGCAUUAUCAGCACUAUUUUGUAUUAUGCAGCAUUGCAUUAUCAGCACUCUUUUGUAUUAUCAGCACUCUUCUGUAUUAUGCAUCAUUGCAUUAUCAGCACUCUUUUGUAAAAUGCAUCAAUGCACUAUCAACACUCUUUUGUAACAUAUAUACAAGCACCAUGUAACAUAUAUAAAAGCAUCCUUUAAAGUGGUUGUGUCAUGCAUGCCAACUUGACGUCACAACAAGGCAGCCAACUGCGGAUGUCCAUAAGCAGAGCGUUGAUGUGGCUCUGUGAAAUGCCCUUGAAGUGCAAAAACAGCCCUUGGCUGGCAAAGCCUCUUGGGAAUUGUACUUCUAGAACAGUUAGGGGUAUACCUUGUGGCCAUUCCUAAUUUGCUGGAUACUAAUCUGUGGCAGGCAAGAACUGCUGAUUUUGUAAAAUUCUUCAGUCGCCUUCCUAUUGAAGUUAAUCAUUUUAAUACCACGGCACAUUGUUCAAUGAACUGCAGCUAAUUUACUAUAUUUGUUAAGGUGCCUUGUAGUUUAAAAUAGCUUUGGACAUUGUACAUUAACUGUUUGAGGCUUUUUUUUUCUGUUGAAGGGUUAAAUACAAGUUUAAAAAAUUCCAGGUUCCAGGAAUGUCUUUGUACAAAUUGAGCUAUUGCUGUUUACAGUCUCUCUUUAAUUAUCCCCAGGUGUUGGAGGGGGUAGGAGAAUAGCUGUCAAUAACUAGUUAAAACCUACAGCCAGGUCUUUGUGCUUGUCAUUCAUCAGACGGUUAACAUUUGUUGUAGCUUCCACAUGACCUAUAAUAAAAAACAGACAACUAAUCACACAUUAUUUCUGACCUGUCAUCUUCCCAAUUCAUCAAUGUACAGCAUACUUUGUAGAGAAACUCUGUGAGACACAUAAUUGUGUGUUCAGUGUAGCAGUUAUUGUGCCAAGAGUUUAUUGGAAGCAGUUUGAGUAUCUUGGAGAACACUAGUUAUUGCCAUUGACUGACCACAAUUCAUUCAUGAUGAUAAGGCUGGAUUUACAUUUCUGCAACAUCAGUAUCAGUUCUGUACAACCUGGACAGUAAGGAUAGCUAACUUACCCCAACACUCUCAGUCACUGCAGUUCACUUUGGAUGAAAUUCAUACUGAGAUGUAGUUGUUAAGUUGUGUAGAGUGCCCCUUUAAAUAACCAAGCCUUGGACAUGAGAGUCAGUUUAUUACUAUAUAUUAUAUAUUAUAUACUAUAAACAAUUAUAUCACAUUCUGUAGAGUCAUAUGUCUUGAGAAGUAAGGCUUUUAAAUUACCAGGUUUUGGCUUUAUAUUCGUGACAGUGAGUACGUGAAAUAUUGUGCUUGUGAUGUGAAAUCAAUAAAUUAUUCACUGUCAGAUUUCCACAUUGGAUUCUAUGAUUAAGUAGAUUUCACUCUGAGAGUAUAUUAAUUCUGCCUACACCCACACAGCACCUACAAGCCCUGUGUGACAAAAUGCAUAAUUAAUUAUAAAAUGGCAACCAAAGAUAAGAGUGUAGUUCAAAACAGGGAAUUUGCUAAUUACAGUAUGUAUUAUAUGUAUUUUGCUAAUCAAGCCAGCAUAGGUUAAUUUGUUCGUAACAAUUAAAGGGACACUAUAGGCACCCGGACCACUUCAUCCUAUUGAAAAUGUUUGGAUGCAGUGUCCCGGUCCUCACUUAGUCCUGCAAUGUAAAUCAUUGCAGUUUUAGAGAGACUGUAAUGAUUACAUUGCACGACUAAGACUGUCUUUAGUGGCUGUCAAUCAGACAGCCACUAGAACCUCUUCCAGGUUUCCAAGGAACUCUGGAUGUCCUUACUCUCUGCAUGAGAACAUCCAGCGUCAGUGAAAACCCCAAAGGAAAGCAUUGAGGCAAUGCUUUCAAAUGGGGAGGACCUGAUUCACUUGUGGCGAUAAACAGCAUAUCUGUUAGCCAGUCCCCUCCCCACUGGUUGAGGCGAAGCACAGACCCAGCACCAAGUGAGAUCAGUGCUGGAAUCAGGUGAGUUUUUGUAUUUUCUUUGAUUAUUCCACCCCUUGCACUGCCAGGGGCAGGGCGCGAGGAGGGGGUGGACUAGAGGGCACUAUAGUGUUAGGAAUACAAGUUUGUAUUCCUAACAAUGUAGAAUCCCUUUAAGCUAGAGUAAAUAUUAAUGAACAGAAGAAUAUUCAAGCACACCCCUCCCUAUUGGAAUGUGUGAAAUACAACUGCUCAAUAAUCAUCUCUAUAAAAUUCCAGUGUAAUGUUUUAUCUUUGAUGGUAUCGCAAGCAUUGCCAUAUAAUACAGAAUAUUUUCAUAGUUUGUCCAUAAAUUGGCAUCAUAGACCUGCAGCACUCAGAAAUUAUAUAUUUUUUUCACAUUCCAAUUUUUACUGAAUAUUUUCAGUGCAAUAGAAAUAAAAGGGUGCAUUCAUGUUACAUUUGAGUAAUACAUUUGGGUCGGUGAGGUAGAUGGUAAAUUCCCUAACUACAAAGCCUGUUCAAAAAUGCAAGAUCACAGGUUCAAAUCCCAGCAGGAUCAACUCAGCCCUUUGUUCUUCCGAGGUCAAUAAAAUUAGUACCAUCUAUUGGGUAAUCAUAACAUCUAUUACUAUUCAGCUGCCUAUUUUGUUAAUUCCGAGAAUGCGUGCUGAAAAGCAUUUUGAGUCCCACUGGGAGAAAGGCGCUAUAUAAAUACUUGUUAUUAUUAUAAUACAAUAUGCAAUAUUGUACAGAAGCACAUAGGGAAAUAUAUCUGGAGCCACUGUUAUACUGAGUUUGUGUAAAGGCAGGAAAAUUAAAACAUCAUGGCUUCAGCUAGUGGACUGGGAUCCUGAGAAAUACCCUGGGGGUACAUAAGGGCAAAAUAGGGUGAGAGGAGUGCAGAGAGACAUGAGACCCUUUGUUGCAAUUUUAGGAUGGUUAAGAAGGUUGUACUGACAGGCAAUUCCAUACAGGGAUCUACUAAUGACCGAGAUACAAUACCAAAUUUAGACACUUCAUAGUAAAAAGUAUAUUUAAAUAACAUGAUAAUUGAUAUUUAUAUAUAGUAAUUUUUUUACAUCCAUUCAACACAUAAAUAAAUAACAUACACUAACUCUUUCCCAUAAUUACAGUUCAUAGCUAUGCUGUACACAUGCCAAACGGAUUAGGAUUUAGCAAAAUUGGUUGUGGAACAAAUUAUAAUUGCAUUUCCACACACUCAUGAUGAUGUUCUUGUACUUGACAUAAACCCAUCCUUUUUGCUCGCACCAUGGAAUGUAAAAAAAAAAAAAUUUAACACCAAAAAGCAAUCUUCAUUUUUUUUCUUACGUGUGAAUUAAACAGAAGGCAUUGUGUAGUGAUGUUAAUAUUCUAUACCACUCAGUAAAUGUCAAAAUAUAUAUUAUUAUCCUGGGGCUUUAUUUUCAUGAGCUUCUCUGCCUAUAUUCACGAAGACCCGAUAGAUUCAGUUUGUUUUUAGUAACAUUCUAUAGUUAACAACAUUUUAAACAGCCAAAAAGGGACACUUUUUCAUUUUAGGAGGUGUGGCUGGAGGUGUGAUCAGGGGGGUCGGGAAAUUUCAGGACAUUUUAGAUGACUUCAUGAUCUACUUAUGUAAUUGAAAAUAUAAUUUGGAACAAAAUCAAAAGUUAUUCAUACAACUGAUUUCAUAUAGGUAAAAUACUUUUUAUUAGGAGUAGUACUGCUAUGAAUUUUUGUUAUACACUCAGAUAUUCCAACAAUAAUGAGUUCCUUGAAAUAGGGACAUUUGGCUAGGACAAAAGGAUUUGUGCGAUAUGGAUUGUACCUCCUAUAUAAUGACACUUGGGAUGAGUUCUAUUGAUACCAGUAUCAUAUUCUGCUUUUUAUGUCUUUUCUUUGAUUACUCCACCCCUUUCUCUUUGGGUCUUUUCAUUUGAAAAAUGGAUAGUCUGCAGAUAUAUCCCAAUAUCCAAAUGCGUUACUGGUGGAAUUAAAUUUUCUAACGUAUUUCCUAUAUUAGGGGUGAAAAUACUUCAUACAUCAGUGAUGGCUCAUUUUUCCACCUAGAAUUUACACUGUUCCCUAAUCAUUGAACAUUGUAUCACAAUACUACACUAGGAACCGCACUUAAUCCACGCAAGGCAAGGGUGCUAAACUAAUCCAUGAGCCAGCAUAAACUGAAAAUAAAUACCGGUAAGAGAGAAGAGGUUUCAUUGAAUAACGUUUCAAUGAACAUGUCUAAAGCUAUAGGAGUGCCUGGACCUCUUCCUUCUUACAGGCAAUCACUGAACAUUAUCCAACACACAGGGGCAGUUCUGCCUAUAACCCAUAUCUAAAAGAGGAAUCUAGAAGCCAGGGGGAAAGUGAGGACUAUGGCCAGUGACUGGAUGCUCGUUGUUUGCUCUGUAAAUAUUCUUGUUGGUAUAAACAAUGUGUUCUCUCCAUUGAAAUGCAUUAAAGUGUUUUGCAGUGUUUCUUCUCCAUUUGUCUCAUGUUUGUUUGGCACAAAUGAGCUGUUUAAUUACUGAGCUUAAUCUCACCUCUUAGUGCUAUUAAUUGAGUAGCAAAGGGGAAAUUGAAUUGCCAAUCCCUACAGAACUGGGGACAAGCCUGGGUUCAUUCACUUCUGCUAACAUUACAGCCUUCCAGAAAUACUAUAGUUAACUGUGUAAGCUUUGUGCACUGUGUUGGCACUUUAUAAAUGAUGAAUGUAAUAAUAAUUUUUUAGAAUGUUUUUGGACUUCAGUACAAGGAUUAUUAGUUUUAGCUAGCAUGUAAACAAAGAACAGAUUCAUGAAGGGGGAUUCUGUGCUUAUAGCAGAAACAAUGUACGAAAUUGUAUUUUUGUAAAUCAUCCAACGUGUUCUGUACCUUUUGUAAUCCCACCCCCCCCAUAUAUCUGUUAAUUUGCCCCUAGAUUUUCAUGAUAAAUCUGAAAAGGCGUCAAGAUCGCCGCAUGCGCAUGCUUAGGAGUCUUUACGAACAGGAAAUCCAAGUGAAGAUCUUUGAUGCUGUUGAUGGCAAGUAUGUAAAUUAAAAACCUUCUAAGCAACAUUUAGAGAAUUGUAACCCUUUAAACAUGUUAAUCUAUUCUAUAAUGUGCUUCCUAAAGAUUCAUUUUGCAAUUCAUUGAGCUUAAUAAUUCAAAGGUGAAUUGUAGCUAUUGGCAAUUGAACAUUUGUAGCAAAGCCCAUGCUCUCCACUUCAUAGUAACAUUGGGAAACAUAUCCAGAUAUUCACUGGGCAGAUAUUUUGCACACCUAUUGGCGUCUGGGUACUCAUAUCUUCUCUUAACAAAGUAUCUCUAAAAUACUAUCAUUGGUAUUGUGACACUCCAGGGUAGAGUUGACCCGUAUUAGUCAAUUCAUAUUGAACCACGAUAGCCACAUUGGAAAAAUACAAACCCAGCUGUGCUUUCAGUUAUUUUGAAAUUAGCUCUCAAUCCCUGAAAAUUCACACUUAAAAAAAUAAAUAAAAAUACCCUGUAAACGUUAAGGUGAUUUAAGUUUGUUUGAGGUCUUAAUGCAGGCAAUGUUAAUGUAGUCAUUAGAUCUAGCUUGACACCAGUCAGGUGGUGGUAACAUUUAUAUUGGUUGUUAAUACAUUAAAAUGUGCAAUGAGUGUGAAAAGUACCAUUAAUUUUAAUAGGCUAGCAUUUUUACUAACAUGUCCUUGGAUUUUUUUCUAUUCUGAUGGUUCAUUUUCCUGUAACCAAGAAAAUCUGGAAAUUUUGCUUUAUCAUACCCCUUUAAGUGUUCAAACAACCUUCCGUAUAUUUUUACUAUUUUUUGCGACAAUUCAUUUCUAAUGAAAUUAUAUAGACAAUUUCUGUGGCAUGUAUUAAGAGUACAAAGCUAAGAAGGUCACACUCUGAUCAUGUUUCUAUUUGUUAAUUUUGCUAAUGGUACUGAUUGAUUAGCUUUUAUGUUAUUUUUUUUUCUUUGCUAAGAAACCAAUGUAUGUACAAAUAAACAAUUGUAUCUAAAUUAUAGCUCAAGUUAUAGGUCUCGGAGGAAUGCCAGUAGAUAUGUUUUAUGUAUUCACGCUCCCAUAUAAUUAACUUUGAAUUACCUUCUGCAGAUAUUCACAAAUUUAAUGCAAACUUCUGCCUUUAUUUAGUUAUCCUUGGAAAUUAUCCUGUACUCUGAAAAGGUCAUGCAGGAAGCAAGGAGAAUUUAUUUAGCUGUUACAUAUAGAAUAUAUGCGUCGUCUGCUCAGUCUUGACGAUUAUAGGUACAAACAGGCGUCUGCAAAUUGCUUUGAGGAUUAAACAUAAUGGCGAAAGCUCACGCCAGUGAGCACUGACCAAUGAUUUAUGGUAAAACAGAAAUUGAUGGUGAAUCAGCGAUCAUAUUAUAAACUCAAAGAGGAACUAUCACUUCUCUGGAAUUUACACAACUGAAUGAAAUUUUGACCAUCACCUACUUGUUAUAACACCUUUUUCCCCCUGAAAUCUUCAUUUUCUAUUUAAUUUCUAUAAAUUUUAUAGUAAAUAAUAGUAUAAUCCAAUUCAGAUAAGGCAAAGAGAAAACAUUGCAAAUAAGGAGGAGAAAUACAAACAUUGUUUCAUUUUAUCUCCUCUCUUUAUGCUUUGUCUAUGCCGACUAAUAAGUGCAAAAACAGACGUUAAAACAAUGACUGACAGGGAACUAAUACGGAGGCACCCAGCGAUAAAUAUACGUGGAUUUCUACAUUUAAUUGUAGGUAAUUCUAAGUUUCAUGAAGAAAUUAUUUAAUUUCAAUAAUGACAGGAGGCGAAUAUUUUGCUUUGUUUCUUUACUCCACCUCCAAAUAGCAGCAAACAAUUAAAAAACUCAAAACUAAAAAAAAAAAUGUAUAAUUGGCAGAGCACAAGUCUAACAUGACAUUCUCAAAAACAUGAAACUCUUGUCAUAAUAACCAAAUAAAUGUAACAAAGCCUCGAAUGUUACUUCACCUGCAGAUAUUCAUGAAUGUCUUCGCCAGAUUCUCUGAAAUUUCCUGAAAGAAAAGAAAAAGUGAAGGUCAUAAAUGAAAAAAAUACCAGCAAAGAAAAUACAAACAAACAAGCGCAAUAUGAAAUUAAAUAAUCGUCUGUAUGACACCAAAUAUUACAAAUAAAAGUCCAAAAGUAAAAAUUCGUAGCUGCCAGACAUAAAAGGGCUACGCACAGCGCUGACAUUUAUCUACUUUUGGACAUAAAUGAAAAGAAAUGUAACACCUUUUCACUGAAAUUAAAUUUAUAAUGUUUGUCCUCUGUCGGCCCUUUGCUAACUUUGGGGAGGUAACUUUGCGCUAUUUGGCUUGAGCCAAAGGGAAACACCAUUGCUAGGGCCUUUCCCACUGCUUCUGCAACAUUGAUCAGUGCUUGUAAAUCCCCAGAAUAUGUUGGAAAUUCCUCCACAAUGUGAAAUGAUAGUAAAAAACAGGCAAUAGAAACUCUGAGUACAAGGAAUGAUUUUAUGAGCAAGUGUGGGCUCACGCCAAAGUGCAAUAUCCAGUAUGAUGGUAGGAUGUGGGCUCACCACACUGAUCUCACUCAACUCUGCACUUAAAUCACCGCAGAACAAUUAGAGUGUGGAGUCACCACAAUGUGGUUGAGCAGGCACUAACAACUGGGGCUCAUCCCAGUGGCAGAAUAAAUGCAGGCGCCCUUGUCCUGGCACAAUUCUCCCUCAAUGUGCAAAACUCACAACAAGGCUGAGCUGUAGAUUGAAAACUCCAGCAAAAAUACUCCCUCACACUUUCGUAACCAAGAUGUCUGCCACUCCCUCAACCAGACAUGGGCAGCCUUCAUCUCAAAGCACUGUCACGAGAUGCGAGUGCCAAGAUCACCGCAAGGCGGGGGUUGCAAGAUGGGCGGAUUUUGCAAGACUGAUGCCUGAAUGCUCAAAUGGAAGCGGAGGUAACACCAGAAUCCCAGGGUGGUGCCAAAAAAAAAUGACUGGACCAGAAUGGCCUCCGUAGGGCGGGGCAAUAAAGUGUGAUUAAAAACAGGAGAUAAAGGGGGCAGGACAGUGACAGGGUAGAGAAAAAAAAAAUCAAUAUAUAAUUAGUCACUUGAAUACAAUAACCCCAGAGUAUCAAACAAAUAACCCUGAAGUGAGCGCAUGCUCUGACCUAAAGCUGAAGGCAGGAUCAGCAAAGAAAGAAGUGAUUCCUUGUGCUGUUUUUGAUUGGUUAAUUUUUUUAUUGCUGUUUGCUGCUAUUUGGAGGUAGAGUAAUGAAAGAAUGCAAAAUAUUCGCCUCCUGUCAUGUGGUAAAAAAAUUGUUUUCACACCACAGAAAUACAUAUGUUAAUUAGGAGAAAUACACGGCCUUCACAGCAGUGGCACGUUUUCAGAAUUUAUUAAGAAAAAAGAACACAAAGACAUACGAUGCCAAUUCGGACAUAAUCAUUUAUCAUGUAUUCUCUCUGUGUCCUUUCUUUCAGUAAACUAUGAAGACUUGCCACUGGUGUGAAGUUUGUGCUUUUGUCCUAAUUUCUGUUAGUUGACGACUGCGGCGCCCGUGGCUGGUUAAACUCUAUAUUGCCAUAUGUUCCUGUAUGCAGCAUUGUAUUUAUAAUUCUACAAAUACAUAUUUGUCAUAUAAAGGGCUAGUAAACAUAAUGUUUAUUAAUCUUUGGACGUGAGAGUUUACCGUUAAAAAAAACCCCCAACCUGCUGACCAUUCCUCAUUCCCUCAACCUUGUAAAUGGAUUUCGAGCACUUACUGGGGUGUGGAGCAGUGCAGUAGAGUUAAGUAUAAAAACCAUUAAACAAUAGUCCACAGUGCCACAAUAAUCCAUGCGCCCUCGUGCUAUUUUUUACAUCUAUUUUUUACUAAAUUAACUUGUCCGUGAGGUGGUUAAACUGAAAUCUCAAAAUGGAUCUCCAGCUCAAGUAUGUCAGGUCUUAAAAAAAAAAAUGUUUAUUUCUACAAUAUGUUUUUUUUUCAGGGCCUUGAAUUCAAGCCAGCUAAAGGCAAUGAAUAUAAAUAUGGUACCAGGAUACCAUGAUCCGUAUUCUGGGAGGAUACUGACACGUGGUGAAAUUGGAUGCUUCCUCAGCCAUUACUAUGUCUGGAAAGAGGUUUGUUAAUAGGGAACAUUAUGCAGACAAUAGCCCUUAUGAGUAUGUGACAUCAUGAAGUCAUUUAUUUGAUUAUUAUUCAUUGCUUGUAUAUGCAGUAGAGGCUGAGUGGCCAUUUUAAAACGUAAACAUGAUUUGUAAUGCAAAGAGUCAACACCCUGAUCAUGUGUCUGAAAAUCCUUCUAUAAAGCAUGCAAGAGGUUAAGUUGUUCAGCCAAACAUUAGAACAGAAAGGACAUGAUCUAAGCUGUUUUGAUCAUCAAACGUGUAAGAUAAAGGUGACUUAUCGAAUUUCUUCUUUAAAAUGAACCCCUUCACCAUUGACUGUUUGACAUUUGUGUAAAACAAAAUGUAGUCAAGUCCAUAAAGCCUUGACUUAUUUUCCUUUGCACUGUAGGAAUGAUUACCAGCUUUGAAAUUAAUGCCUUUGCCAAGAACCCUUUCCACCAACUUGGUAUCUGCAAAUGGGCUGUAAAUGACAGUCCUCCCCUCUAUCAAAACAGUAAAGGAAGCUUCAAAUUAUGCAAUUCCUAUAGUCAGAGAUGGCACCCUCUUAGCUUUACUUUAAAGUGCAUUUAAUAGACACAACUAAGGAAGUCUUGCAACAGACCCCUGCACACUGCCCAAUACAUCAAAUUGUUGUGUCAUGGUUCCUCAGGAAUGAAAAACAAGCCUCCACUUGUAAUUGGUGGCAUGUAGAGUCUGGUACUUUUUCAAUAGCAUCAUGUACUUGGCUAUUGCUCAAUGUCUGAAGAUUGAGACAUUCAGCAAUAGCAUCAGAGUUGUAACAUGCUGUCACAUUGCACAGAUGCCUAUGAGCCAGUCAAUAUUACCCCCAUAUUGGUAUAAGGGAGUUUUUUUGUGAUUUUUUUUUUUUUUAUUCUUAAAAGGACACUAUAGGCACCUUCAGCUCAUUGUCUGGGUGAAGUCUCCUGGGUCAUUGCCUGGGGGAAGUGUCCCUUUUGCACUUAGUGCUGCAAUGUAAAACAUUUCAGUUCCAGAGAAACUGCAAUGUUUACAUUGCAGCACUAAGUCUGCCUCUAGUGGCUGUCUACCAGACAGCCACUGAAGGCGCUUCCUGCAUCGUAACAGACCUUUGGUCUGGUAUCUGAUGCUGGACGUCCACACGCUCUGCAUGAGGACCUCCAGCAUCAGAUUUUUUCCUUGUAGGAAAGCAUUGAUUCAAUACUUUCCUGUCAGAAGGUCUAAUGCAUUAGUGCUCGCUCGCUGCAGGACAUCAGAAGGGGCAGAGCACAAAUUCACCCCAUAAGCUUUUGUAAUGUUUUUUUUGUGUCUUUUUUUAUUCUUCAGAAAUAGUAGAUGCUUGGCAUAGCCUUCCAGAAGAGGUGGUAAAAAUAAUAUAGUGGAGCAGUUCAAGAAAACUUGUGACUUACUGUUUUCUAGAGACUCGUGUUUUCUAGAUGCAGAACAAGCAGACUAGACUGGCCAUGUGAACUCUGUUAUCGGUCUUAAUCUGGAUUUCACAGUUUCAAGGAAACAGUAAUAGAUCAGAGUAAUGUUGCCAAAAAUUUCCUUUAUACAUUUAUUUUUUAUUUUUUAGAUGUUUUGUCUUUAACUCCCUUUAAAAAUUUGUGAAUUUUUUUUAGUUUAACUUGUACAAAACAUUUAGUUCUUUUUAAUCCAUAAGCAUCUAUAAUGUGCUUAUUCCAUAAACUGGGAAUUGUGAAGGGACUAUUAUUUUCUGCUAUUUAUCUUGCUUGGCUAUUUUGUCCUAAAAUUUGCAAAUCCCUUUAUCAAUUCUUCACGUUUCCUGGUUUAGUGGAUAAAAUAGUCUUAGCAGAGUAAAGUCCAUCAUAAAAGCUGUAUCCAAUCAACAAGGCACUAUCCAGAUUGUGGUUUACUCCCAAACUAUAAUGACAGUGGGCAGAAAAUCGAUUUGGAGAUGAUUCUGAAGCGUACAAUGACCUUCAAAUAUCUACAGAUUAUCAUGCAAAGGCUGGAGGCCUGUUGUCAUACAGGAGCAAAGAAACUUCUAAAAGAAAACAUUUAUAAUCAAAUCUCAAAUAAUUUAUAGUGCUUCUGAACAUUUUGCAGUAGAUUCUAUUCUGUGUUUUGGUUAUAUCACGUUGGUUUUUCUUUUUGUAUUGUAUUUUUAGGUAAUUGAAAGGGGUCUUGAAAAAUCUCUUGUCAUUGAAGAUGAUGUGCGCUUUGAGUUGCAGUUUAAAAACAAAUUAACGAAACUAAUGAAUGACAUUGAAGAUACUGGACUGGAAUGGGAUUUAAUGUAAGUAGACAGCAAAAUAUUGAAAUCUCAGAUAGCCAUGCGAUUGGACAAGUGCCAGUUUAUCAACACAUUUGCUUAUUCCAUUUUGAUUUCCUUUGCACGGUUGGCAUCACAAAAAUAAUUUUGCAUCAGAGUGUGUUGUUCUGUUUGGAGCUGCAGAAAUUAGAGAAACUAACAAGACAGACCUCUUUAAAAACAGGAAAAAAAAUGUGGCUGCAUUUCAUAAAAUCAAGAUGCUUUUUACAUGUUAAAAUAUUUCUGCAUUUUGAAACAAUCUUAUGUGUCUACCAAAUCUAUAUAGAUCAGACUUUAUUAAUGCCCAAAUCCUUUCUCUUCUCUAUUCUGAGCGUGGCUGUAAACCCAGCAGAUGUGACCAGAAUUAAUCACGCUCAAGGUAUUUCGGUUUGCGUACUCAGGAGAAUUUGUAAUGAAUAUACGCUCAUUGGAGACAAGGCCCAUCCGUGUUUAAUAUCUGAAUUAUAUGCAGAAUUUUUAGUAAUACAUUUUUAAAACUAUAUAUUUUAUUCUCCUCUAGACAUUAAUUUCGAAUGCAGUUACUUGAUAAAACAAUAUUGCAUGCUUUUUUAAAUCCAGGUGUAUAUUCCAAAUGGACAUAACAUAAAUUUUUAUGUACUGUAAAUACUCGAGUAUAAGUCGACUCGAAUAUAAGUCGAGACCCAUAAUUUUACCCCAAAAAACUGGGAAAACUUAUUGACUCGGGUAUAAGACUAGGGUGGGAAAUGCAGCAGCUACUGGUAAAUUAUUAUAUUAUUAUUACAUUUUUUAUUUAUAUUUUUUUUCGUCCCCCCUCCCUGCUUGUUAGCUGGCCAGGGAGGGGGGCUCUCAUUCCCUGGUGGUCCAGUGGUGUGCACUGUGUAGGAGGGGGGCUGGCAGCGAGCUGUAACUUACCUUUCCUGCAGCUCCUGUCAGCUCCCUUCUCCUCCACUGUAAGUCUCGCGGCCGUGCGGAGCAUUCCCCACGGCUCUCGUGAGAUUUACAGUGGAGCUGACAGGGGAGCUCACCGGAACGGAGGAGAGAGAAGGGAGCUGACAGAAGCUCCAGGAAAGGUAAGUAAACUCUUCCUGCCAGCCCCCAACAGGACUGCUGGGCUUGUAAUGAGCCCGGCGGUCCUGGUCUGUAUUAUGGCACUGUAAGUUGCCAUAAUACAGACAUUAACUUGAGUAUAAGUCGAGUGGGGGUUUUUCAGCACAAAAAAUGUGCUGAAAAACUCGACGUAUACUCGAAUAUAUACGGUAUAUUAUAUGUUUUUUUUUUUAUAGCACUGUAAAAACCUGCACAUGGGUAAUGUAUACUUCCCAACACCUCUGAAAGUGUUAGGAAAGUGCUGAUUUAUUACCCCAAUCAUGUUAUCCAAAAUUCAGAUUUUUAUAAUUUUUUUUUCGGUUUUCCACUUCUGGUUAACCAGAGAAAAUAGAAUUGUUAUUACACGUCAGCAGCCCUGUUAGCUAGCUCUUGGAUGCUAGUCAGUACAGCUCACAAUGACUUAAAUGAACAACAGGGUUAGUCUGAACCUGGGGUAGGCAACCUUCAGCACUCUAGAUGUCCAUAUGUUGUGGACUACAUCUUCCAUAGUACUCUUACAGACAUAAUUCUGGCAAAGCAUCAGGAGAGAUGUAGUCCACAACAUGUGUAGUACUGAAGGUUGCUUACCCCUGGUCUAAGCCAUACUUAGGGUCUACUAAAUCAGGAAUUUGAUGAUAAUUGGAAAUUCCAGACUGAAGUAGCUGGGCUAAUAAAAUAGCUUAUGUAGAUUUUUUUUUAAAUUUGUCUGUGGCCUAAAAUAUGUAAGUCUCCACAAAAAAAAAGCUGUUCUUGUUUUUCUUGCAAAGCUGUUUUAAUACAGUUUUUACCUUCUUUCUGUAAUUGUCCAAAUUAUGUAUCAGAAUAACACAGUUAAAAAAAAUAACCAUAUUGCUUGAAUUGUAGCUGAUUUAAUUUUAAGGUAUAAUGGGGAAAAUGUACAGCAGUGUCUGUAGUUUAGUCGGCCUUCUGUACUUAUAGCAAGGGAAAAAUGUUUAAAGUUUCACAAAAGUACAUUGAACAAAAUUAUAAACGCAACACUUUUGUUUUUGCCCCCAUUUUUCAUGAGCUGAGCUCAAAGAUCUAAGACUUUUUCUAAGUACACAAAAGGCCUAUUUCUCUCUAAUAUUGUUGACAAAUCUGUCUAAAUCUGUGUUAGUGAGCACUUCUCCUUUGCUGAGAUAAUCCAUCCACCUCACAGGUGUGGCAUAUCAAGAUGUUGAUUAGACAGCAUGAUUUUUGCAAAGGUGUGCCUUAGGCUGGCCACAAUAAAAGGCCACUCUAAAAUGUGCAGUUUUACGGUAUUGGGGGUGUCCGGGGGGUCCAAAAACCAGUCCGUAUCUGGUGUGACCACCAUUUGCCUCACGCAGUGCAACACAUCUCCUUGGCAUAGAGUUGAUCAGGUUGUUGAUUGUAGCUCGUGUAAUGUUGGUCCGCUCCUCUUCAAUGGCUGUGCGAAGUUGCUGGAUAUUGGCAGGACAUGGAACAUUCUGUCGUAUACGCCGAUUGAGAGCAUCCCAAACCUGCUCAAUGGUUGACAUGUCCAGUGAGUAUGCUGCCCAUGCCAGAACUGGGAUGUUUUGAGCUUCCAGGAAUGGUGUAGAGAUCCUUGCAACAUGGGGUCGUGCAUUAUCAUGCUGCAACAUGAGGUAAUGGUCGUGGAUGAAUGCAACAACAAUGGGCCUCAGGAUCACGUCACGGUAUCUCUGUGAAUUCAAAAUGCCAUCAAUAAAAUGCACCUGUGUUCAUUGUCCAUAACAUACGCCUGUCCAUACCAUAACCCCACCACCAGCAUGGGCCACUCGAUCCACAACAUUGACAUCAGUACACCACUCAGCCAUACGACGCCAUACACACAUUCUGCCAUCUCCCCUGUACAGUGAAAACCGGGAUUCAUCCGUGAAGAAAACACCUCUCCAACGUGCCAGACACCAUCGAAUGUGAGCAUUUGCCCACUCAAGUUGGUUACGACGACAAACUGCAGUCAGGUCGAGACCUCGAUGAGGACAACAAGCAUGCAGGUGAGCUUCCCUGAGACAGUUUCUGAAAGUUUGUGCAGACAUUUCUUGGUUAUGCAAACCGAUUGUUGCAACAGCUGUCCAGGUAGCUGGUCUCAGACGACCUUGGAGUGAAGAUGCUGGAUGUGGCGGUCCUGGGCUGGUGUGGUUACACAUUGUCUGCGGUUGUAAGGCCAGUUAGAUAUACUGCCAAAUUCUCUGAAACGCCUUUGGAGCCGGCUUAUGGUAGAGAAAUGAACAUUUAAUUCAUAGGUAACAGCUCUGAUGGACAUUCCUGCAGUCAGCAUGCCAAUUGCACGCUCCCUCUAAACUUGCGACAUCUGUCUUAUUAAUCAUGCUGUCUAAUCAGCAUCUUGAUAUGCCACACCUGUGAGGUGGAUGGAUUGUCUCAGCAAAUGAGAAGUGCUCACUAACACAGAUUUAGACAGAUUUGUGAACAAUAUUUGAGAGAAAUAGGCCUUUUGUGUACAUAGAAAAAGUCUUAGAUCUUUGAGUUCAGCUCAUGAAAAAUGGAGUCAAAAACAAAAGAGUUGCGUUUAUAAUUUUGUUCAGUGCAUAUAAAAAUAUAUUUUCUAUUAAAGUUAAAGUCAUCUUCCAAUUAACAAAAUGCUGGAAAAAAAAACCCUUUUUAAUUUUUGAUUGGUUUCCUAAAUUUCAGUGGUAUUAUACAUAAUUUGCCACUAGCACAAUUAAAUGAAAGCAGACAGAAAGCAAUUAGAAUUGUAUACAGAAAAUUCAAUUUGCUGUGACUGUUUUCAAUCAUAUAGUGAAUAAACUUUUACUAAAAUUGUCCAAAGAAAAGGAAAAAAAUUAUAAUUUUGCUAACUGGAAAAUAUAACAGGCUAUAUUCAGUAAGUGGUGAAACAUUUUUUUUUUGUGUGCAAUAUGUAGCACAUGGACAGCUGCCUCUGAAAAUCCGCACACACAUUUAUUUAUUUAAAGUUGCUUCCUUUCCAAAGUAAAUCAGGCCUCCCAACAGUUGCACUUUUGGGGAUCUGAGGACAUCAGGGAAAUUGCCCCCCGGGCAGCAGAGAGCUAGUUCAUUAUUAGAUGUGCUCAGGCCAUGCAGUGGAGUGCAGUGGGCACUUGGACCAUGCAGGAAGUGAUAUAGCAGUGCUACCAGUGUGGUGCUGAAGUCUGAGGAUUGGCCAGACAAGUCCCCAACCCCAAACCCUCCAGAAUGCAUGUCUCCUGUUUUUGGGAUAUAUUCUAAAUCCUUAAGAAUUCUUUUGAUAUGGAAAAAGUAAUAACUACUGAAAUGCAAUUUGUCAUUUAAUCAUUUGAGUAAUUCAGCUACUCCAUGCUUCUAAACAUUCCUGGGUUAGUUGAGACAUUCCUGGUUUCUGGCUCCUGUCCAGGUGUCCCCCAAUCAAGAGACACUAAAGAAUUGUCCCCAACAAGCACAGUGAGAGCACUUAGAUUCACACGUAAUUAGACACACUGAGCAGAGUGCUUCUAGUGCUCAAAGCACUUUUGUAGCAUUCAAGAAAUGGACAAUCCUUAGGGCAAUCAGCCAGAGACUCUCCAUGUAUUAUACUACCUGUUAGGUCUGUGCCUCAUUCCAGCAUGAUCUUUGUGACACUGGAACUCCUAGAAUUAUUUCCAACACUUGUCUACCCGCGCCAUUUUUGCAUUAUCACCCUUGCACCGGUUGGCAUCGCAGGAAUGACAGACCAAUAACAGUUUUCCUAUGACUAUUUUAGCUUUCUCUGCAAUAUACACCUAGCCCUGAUGUGGUUUUCCUUGUGAUGAUCCGAGAGCGGUUUCAUAUUUAGUAGUGAUUCAUAGUAUUCUGACUUGUCGUUGGCCAUUCUCCAUUGCACUAAGAAGUUUUGGUUUGUAUAGUAAUAUUGCUGUUUUGUUUUUAUAGUUAUAUUGGUCGAAAGAGGAUGCAAGUUGAACGUCCUGAAAAGGCUGUUCCUAACGUAAUGAAUCUGGUAGAGGCUGACUACUCCUACUGGACUCUGGGAUAUGCUAUCUCCUGGCAGGGAGCUCAGAAACUCGUUGCGGCUGAGCCUUUGAAGAAGAUGUUACCGGUGGACGAGUAUCUUCCAGUUAUGUAUAACAAGCACCCAGAGUAAGUAUAGCCUUUUUUGAAAAGUGUACAGAAUGUCCGGACAGGUACUAAAAAUCAGUUGUUAAACUCAUCUUUUUGUCAAGAACUAUAUAAAGGCUGCCACCAUAAAAAUAUUUCAAAGGGUCUUUUUCAUCCUAAAAGUGUAUGGAUGAUGAAGUUCCCUUUAGGUAAAAUGCUGUUAAACCUGUUAGUGCUAUGAAAAUAAAAUAGAUAAUGUGAUUUUAAUGUAACCACAAUAUAUAAUUUACAAAAAAAAUAUAUACUUACCUCCAAGAUUUUGUCUACCUCCUCCAAAAUGGCUGCUGCAAAGGCUGCAAAAUGGAUGCCAUAUGAAAGGUAUAUGUGUAUAUCCGUUUUGAAGCCUUCUACAGUGUGGGAAAAAAAAAAAAAGAUUAAUUUACUAAGCCCAGUGCCAUGUAGUUGGCUACAGAAGACAAAGAAAGUAUCUGCAAGCCUGAAUUUCAGAAUUUCCAUAAUGACACUUAAUAUUCUAGUAGGUUAAUGUUUUAUUUAAAUAUGUGCACUGCUUGGAACCACUUGCAGCUAACACAAUGUACAGAUCAAACUAGAAACUUUCUUAAAUUACCAUAUUUCUCAAUUCACCCUCUCUUUAAACAUGUUACUCCACAUAAUUCAUUUGGGCAGCCUAUGACCAAAGGGAAUUAUUUUAUAUCUGAAAUAUUUAAAAAAAAAAAAAAAAAGGAAGAAAAUGUAUCUGUCUGGCACUCAAAGGGUUAAAAUCUACUUUUUCUUGGGGUCUAUUCCCUAAACUCUAAAUUUUGAAGAGCUGACAAAGCAACUGUAACAUUCAGGCUAAAAUUGCCAAACUGGAAAAUUGCUGUUUGGACCAUUUUUCCAUUAACAUUUACGAUCGAAAUUUUGAAAUGUUCUCAGUUCUCUACAAUUCUUGAUUUUGUAAAUAAAUCACCUUGUUUUUAAUUCAUAAUUAUGGUUAUUUACUAAAGUGAGAAUUGUUGGGAAUUCAUUGUAAAUUAAAAGUGAAUUUCAAAUUCGAAGCUAAAGUAGCAGAACUGUAAGCAUAACCAACUUGGAUAUUUUGGGCUUUAAAUUUGAAAUUCACUUUAAAUUCUUACUUUGGUAAACAACCUGCUUAGUGUCAGAUAUGUGCAGGAUUGCUUUGGGCCAGUUAGAAUGAUUGUCUGUGAAAUUAUUGUGUAUUCUCGUGGUUCUUUCACAGAUAAUUAUGUUUUACUGUGGAAUCAGAAAGUAUAAAACGUGAUGCAUUUCUUCACAAUCCUCUUCAACCCUUCCCAAUUAUAUACCUAAGCAAUCUAGCUCUUUAUAAACCCUUUUAAUACAUUAGUUACAGUUUGUAAUAUCUGUUUACAAGAGGUUAUUUACUAAGCAACUGUAGAGAAUUGACAGGGAAAUCAAACAUUUAGACCAAAAUAGCAAAGCUGCAAAAACAAUAGAAUUUAAGUUUUGUUUUCUUCUUUUUCAUAUAUUUUGGCCUUUAUUUUGUAGUUUUCUUGUUACUGACUCUGUGUACAAGCCCCUUAGUGUUUAGUAUCAACCGUUAUUUCUAUUCUGCUUGUUCAAGAACUGGUCUUUAUCUCCCUUAUUUGUUAAAACACAAUUAACUGCUAUAAAACAAAUAUAAAAUGUACACGUCUGUAUCACCCGUGAAUAUAAUGUUGUAUCGGAAAUGCAGAUUAGGAGAUAGAGUUCUGUAGUUUGACACAUGGCAGUGGAUUUUGGAAAUUGCAGGAAGUUGUCAAUUCACUGCGUUCUGCAGAACUACAAAGACUUUCUUAAUGUCUAAUUAAGAUAAAGUUUUGCCCAUAUCCCACACACUUAAAAUGACACAAACAAUAUCCUCUUUCCUUAUAUGGGCAUAAGUUCCUUUAACAACUACAAAGUGCAAUUGUCUCCCUGAGCCACCACUUCCUGAUUGAAUUAAGCAUUAUGGGUGCCGAAAUAGACAUCAGCUGGGAAGACUUGUUAUUAGCAGGAAAAUUUAUUAUGGGUAAUUUUGGAGAACUGACAAUUAACCAAAAUAGCACAGCUACAAAAUUUGCAGUCCCUUUUUCAAUUUUCCAGCAUCUCUGCUUUAGUAGAUAGCCCUGACUUUUGCAUGCAUUAUACAGGAGUCCACAUUUCUGAACCUUUGGAAUCAAAACCGUUAAGUGACUUUGCCUUCAUGCCUAAAUUUGUCCUCCUUGGUAUAACUCUAGUGCAUGUUGGUUUGUUUAAGAUUCAUAUUUGGUGGCAACAUAUGCAAUAAAGACCAUCUUACAUGUAUUUUUCCACAUGUCUAGAAUGGAUCACUUCCUCAUAGAUGUUGAGGGUUCAUGUUUUAAUGAUCACUCCAAUGUCAAAAAUAAAUGUAUUUUUAAUUAUGGGGUGUUCAUUUUUUUCGUUUUAGGGAACCCUGUUUCAUUGUGUUAUGUAAUCCUGUGCUUCUCAUAAAGAAGCAUUGGUUUCAAAGCUUUUCUGUAUGUACUUCUCAACUAUAGUUUAAAGUUAGUGAGGCUGGAAGCCGUCCUGACUGUUUGAUUGACAGCCAGGAUGGUCUACAAAGGUUUUUUGUUUUUUAAAAAAUAAAACUGCAGAAAACAGCAAUUUUAUAAAAUAGGACAAAGAGGACCUGCAUUUAACGCUGAAAUGCUUUAGAGGACUUCAGUGUAAAAUAGAAAAAUGGUUUCUAUUGCUGGUAUAACAUGAACUCUGUCCAUCAAAAUAUAGACUUAAAAACAUUGCAGUUGUCGUCAUUCUUUUCAAUAAGUACCUUAUUUCUGACCACAAUACAUUUUCUGUAGCAGCAAUCACUUACUCAGGGCCGUGGAAAUCCAUUUAAUUCUGGAAAUGUUACCGGACUAACUUGCAGAAGCCAAACACAGAGAGAUGGAGGCAGGACUUCAGGAAGUAAAAAAGGUCUUUAUUUACACACCAAUCGGGUCUCACACUGACCUUGUGUUCAAAAGGUAUGAGCCCAGAGCAUAGUUUGCACAGGCUAUUUAUUAACAAUAACUCCUCCCAUUCAUAGCUCCACUCACACAUACCCUUAGACCAAUCAGUGAACAGGAUAUUCAGGAUCACCUAAUAUGGGCAGACCAUAUGACUCCUUUUAAGGACAAAGGAAUGUGACUACAGUUGAUGCACAUGUUUAGUACAUUGAUGACAGUAUCUUAGCUACAUGUUACUAACUAACAGAUACAACAAACACCUGUACUUGUAUAUGCCACAUGGAGAUUUCAGGCCUACUAAAUUUUGAACCAUGUUGAAAUCCCAUCACAUUCCCCCUUUGAUGCUUCUGAUACAAAGUUAUUCCAGAUGCAUCACUAAUCAUAAUUUGCCAACACAUUUCAAGUAACCAUGAGCCGGACAGACCUUAUGAGCAUUCUAACUUAACUCUAUUACCUCUCAGCACUCAUCGACCUGAUUAUUAAUAGUCUCUCCUGAGUUAGGGGUUCAUAUUUUCAGAUGGCCAUUACAUAAGCAGCUGUCUUCCUUUCUAUAGUGCUCUCAAUAACACUAUGUAUAGACCUAACUACUAAUGGAAUCAGACAGGGCAGGAAGAGGUAUAAGAAAAUAAUAAAUACCACUCCUCCUACCAAUACCUUAAUCCCACCAAGCUGCUCAUACGAACUCCCAAACCAACUAUUUGGAUUAUACCUGUUCCAAAUCUGAGUGGGUACGUGUGCCAGUUUAACCAUGUGUUUAGUAAUAUCAACCACUGCCUGCCCCUCAUCAUUUAUAUUCAGACAACAAUUACUGAGGUUAAACUUUCCACACACACCUCCUUCUAUAGCCAGCAAAUAAUCAAGAGCCAGCCUAUUUUGGUAAAUGGCUGGUCUCAUGCAGGUAUUUUGCUUCGCCUUAGCUGUCUCAUUGGUUAUGAUCUCAACCACCGCCUGUAAUCUUAUAAUGCGGUUGAGCAUAUAAAUAUGGGGGUUCGGUAACCAUAAGUACCAUCUUCAGCCCAGGUAGUAGGUCCAUAAUAAUUAAUAAUACAUUGGCGAGACCACUCAUCAUCUUCCCAGUUACCUACAUUCAAUGAUGCUCGCAUCUUUUUAUGAUUUACAUCAUAAACCUUAACUCCCAAGGUCUCUCCCGUUUCAAUUGGUAACAAGAAGAAGGAUGGUUUGAGCAUACCUAGCACACAUGCUCUCUUCCAAUCUUGUGGCAACUCCGAGAAUGCUUUCUUACCACAGAUCCAGUAUAAAUUCACUGGGGCUUUCCAAUUGGAUGUAACAGAUAAGUCAAACCAUACCUCUUUGAAAUUGGUGUAAUUGGCAAAAGGAUUAGUAGGUUCUGAGACAUUUGAAGCUGACCACAAGUAGUAUCUUUUGUAUCAGCAUUAUAGGCCUUCUGUCCCAGACAUGUUAACUCGCCAACUAGUGUAUUAUACAGUGGCCCUUUCCUGGCUAAACAUACAUAUAAUAAUGUUUAUAUAAUAGAUGUUUUUAACUGCCAUUCUGAUUUACCUCUAGUACUUACUUGAUGAUCAGACUGAGCAGGCAUCUGUUGUUCAUCUGUCUCAGAACCAGGGUACCAAAUCUCUUUUGUCUCCCAUGGCCAUUGGUCUCCCAUAUUAGUACCUCCACAUACAAAGCAGUUAGUUAUAUUAAGACUACCUGCAAUACUCUCAGCCAAAUCAAAAAAUAGGCUCUUAGCAUUAUGGGGAAUUUUAUCCUCAACACUCAUCUCCUCAUAAAAGGAAUGGAGAACCUGAUGAGUCUGAGCAGCUGUUGUCUCGGUUUCAAUACCUACAUAUAAUAUGGCUCCCGGAUCUGUUCCUGUACCAUGUAUCUGAAACCCAAAAAGACUCCCAAACGUAUUAUUAAAUUGCAGUGGAUUGGAAAUGGUCAUAUGUACGGGAUUACAUUCCAUGGUUUUACAAUACAGUGUAGUGGGCAAGCUUUGGAUAAUCAUGUCUUGAUCUACUAUCUUUCCCGAGGUCGCCCACCCUACACAUGACCAAUAUGGGCAGCAGUUAAAGUCUCUAUUUGGGCAGUCAGGAUCAGUAGAUCUUUUACUAGGGCAUAAAUAUUUGUCGUUGAACCCAUAAAUUCAUUCCCAUUUAAGAUUACCACAUACAUUCCAAGGUUUUCUACUACCCGAAAUCACCUUACAUGCAUCAAAUAAUAGAAUACCCAUAGAAUGUAUGGUGCUUAUCAAAGUCCUAUUUAUCAAUGUCCCCUGAGAGUUACUAUUUCGAAUUACCAACCAAAUUGUACGGGGUUGGAAUUGGGGAUCGAAACACUUAGGCUCACCUGAUAUCGGAUGAUACACACUAUAGUCAGUAUCUAAGUACCUACACCUAGACACAGAUCCCUUACAUUCAUAUUGUGAGUGCCAAAAUAGGGUCUGGGAUAUCUGGUUACCUGUUUUCGUAGUCUUAAUACAACCAACACAGCUUGGAAUAUCCUUACCUUUACCCUCCUGAAUAAUCAUAAAAAUACUAAAGCACAUAAUUAAACACAUUAUUCUUGUGAUCCUCAUCUUAAUUCUUCGACCGUGCGACAGCACCUCAGCUUCCCGCUUGGGAGGGCUGCAAGGAUUGUAGUACUUCUGAUCCUCACUUACCUUCACAGAGGUCCCUUCGAGAUACUCUGACUAUGAAACGUAGGCAGGUGGUCAGGCUUUAUUAUGGCUGUCAAAACACCUACUUGUUGAUCUCAGCAACUUUCAACCACGAUUCUUCAAAAAUCAGCUCAUACUUCUCAAGUAACGCUCAAUUCGACUGGGUCAUGUGCUUCAACCGGAUCUUGCAAGGAUUCUCACAAUCUGCAGUAGCUUGCCAGGAAUCUGCCGCUGGUUUAACCCUAGAGUGAUGAAUCCAAGGUGUCACCUCUGGCACCUUUACAGCUCCUUCUUUAUACAAUGCUCCAUGGGCAUGAGUUGUUAAGAAGGCAUAUCUUGAAUCCGUAUAGAUGUUCACUCUCAACCCCUCAGCUAGUUGCAGGGCCCUUGUCAGUGCAAUUAAUUCCACCUUCUGUGCUGAUAUCCCUUUCGACAAUGGUCGUGCUUCUAUCACCUUGUCUAUGGUGGUUACCGCAUACCCUGCAUACCGAAUACUUCUUUUACAAAGCUACUACCAUCCGUAUAGUACUGUAUAUCUGGGAUCUGGAUGGGAAAAUCAUGGAGAUCUGGCCUGCUAGAAAAUACUUCAUCCAUUAUUUCCAGACAGUCAUGUUGACUUUCAGCAGUCUGUGUCAGAAGGGUAGCUGGAUUGAGAUUGUUGACAGUCUCAAGAUGUACUCUUGGAUUCUCGCAUAGCAUAGCCUGAUACUUGGUCAUUCUGCUAUUGCUGAACCAAUGAUUACCUUUGUAAUCCAGUAGGGUCUGUACUGCAUGAGGUACUCACACAUAGAGUUCCUGACCCACUGUAAGUUUGUCAGCUUCCACUACCAAAAAAGCUCAGCAGCCACUGCUCGUACACAAGGUGGAAGACCACUAGCCACCGCAUCCAGUUGUUUGGACAAGUAGGCUACAGGUCUUUGCCAUGAUCCUAAGUACUGAGUUAACACUCCCACUGCCAUUCUUCUUUGCUCAUGCACAUAUAGGUAGAAAGGACGCGAGUGAUCUGGUAGGCCUAGGGCUGGGGCUCUCAUAAGUGUUUUCUUGAUAUCUUCAAAUGCCUUUGUUGUUCUGUGGUCCAUAGGAAGGGAUCAUGUUCCAUGCCUUUUACAGCUUCAUACAAGGGUUUCGCCAAUAUCGCAUAAUUAGGAAUCCAUAUCCUACAGAAUCCUGCUGCUCUAAAGAAUUCUUGCACUUGUCUUCUAUUCAUGGGUACAGGUAUUCGACACACUGCUUCUUUUCUUUCAGGUCCCAUUGUUCUUUGACCUUCAGAGAUAUGGAAUCCUAAAUACUUGACAGUUGGCUGACACAAUGCGCCUUCUUCCUUGAUACCUUGUAACCUGCCCUCCAAAGAAUAUGGAGUAGAUCAUGGGUUGCUUGUUGGCACAUCUCUUUAGUAACUGCAGCUAUCAAGAGAUCAUCCACGUACUGAAGCAAUACACAUUCCCCUGGGAUGGAUUUGGAGUCUUGUAAAUCUUGACUCAGUGCAGAUCCAAAUAGGGUAGGUGAAUUCUUGAAUCCUUGAGGCAACCUGGUCCAAUUCAUCUGACGCUUUGAUCCCAUAACAGCAUCUUCCCAUUGAAAAGCAAAGAUGCACUGACUUUCAACAGCAAGUCUAAGGCAGAAGAAAGCAUCUUUAAGAUCUAGGACUGUAAAGUGAGUUGCCCCACCAGGAAUUAGGGCAAGCAGAUUAUAGGGGUUGGGUACCACUGGGUGUAUAUUAACUACUGCAUCAUUAACUGCUCUUAAAUCUUGAACAGGACGAUACUCAUCUGAUCCUGGUUUCUGAACAGGUAAUAAUGGAGUGUUCCAAGGGGAGGUACAGAAUUUUAGGAUACCAUACUUUACGAACUUAUCCAAGUACGUCUGUAUGUUCUUCUUGGCCUUCUGAGGUAUGUGAUACUGGCGUAGGCUCACAGGGUAGGCCCCAAGCUUUAGUUCAAUAUGUAUCGGUGGGAUAUUACGAGCAAGUCCUGGAGGAUUAUUCUCUGCCCAAACUCCUGGAAUGUCAAAUAAAGAUCUAUCACUCUUAGGGUUUGCAUUUGUUAUUACAGAGUAGAAGCGCCAUUCUUCUUCUUUCGGUACCAAUACUGCUAUCAUGCCUGGUGAUUUAUUAAACUUCAGAGACGUUCAUCCAUUAGGUAGAAAAGUUAUCUGAGCUUGAAGCUUUAAUAAUAGAUCUUGUCCUAGAAGUUGAAUUGGACACUCUGGCAUAUAUAGGAACUGGUGCUUCACAAAAUGGCCCCCUAAGAUGCAAGUGCGACUCCUGAGAACCGGUCUAGCAAGGCUUCUCCCAGUAGCUCCUAUUACAGUUACAGUCUUUCCAGAAGGAGGAGCUACCAAUUUAGUCACCACAGAAUGUUCAGCACCUGUAUCAAUCAUGAAAGGACUUCUCUUUCCCCCUAUUGUUACAUCGACCAUAGGCUCCGCUCGGCCAAGGGGGAUGGAGCCCGGUCGGUAUCAACAGUCUUCCAUGACAAUGUCAGCCAGACCCACAAAAUCUCUAUCUUCCCUAUCCCUAAGUCUCUGAGUAGGGGGAUAAUAUCUUCCUUCCUGAACACCCCCACUGCCAUUAAAUCCUCCAAAACUUCCUCUUCCUCGUCCUCUAAAGCUCCCACCGUAACCACCUCGCCCCCAUCUCUCAUCUUAUCUACCACCUACAAUAUAUCCCCUCUGUGGGCAGUCACUCUUCCAAUGUCCUUCCUCUCUACAACAUGCAUAUUGAUCUCUGCCUAGUGGUACCGUGCUCAUCCUAGCCUCAACUCCUCUAUCAAUCUCCCUCCCUGUCUCGCUACACCUGUGAUAGCUACCGCUAACAUGUCUGCUUUCUUCCUCAUUUUACAUUUCUUCUCACGCUUUGUCUGUUUCCCUAUUCAUAUAUACUUUAUUUGCAACCUCCAUUAACUGUGAUAUGAACAUCCCUACAAAUCCCUCUAACUUUUGUAAUUUUCUCUUGAUAUUGUUCUGGGCCUGGCUGACAAAUGCUGAGUUAAUCAUUCGGGCAAUAUGUGGUGGACCAGGGCUAAGCCAGAGAGGCAUUUGUAAAUGUCGGGAUUAACGGGUACCAGUCGAGUUAGUAUGGGUUCGAUAGGGUUGUUUAGUAACAGGUUCCAAUCUGGGAGUAGUAAGGUAGGUGAAAGGGGGUGAGUUAAUUUUACUGGUCAGCAUUAGGUGAUUGAAAAAUAAAUAUGUGUUUAAACCAAAAACCUGCCAGUAGGUGUCACGAGAGGGUAAGUAAUUGUAUCAAAAUAGUCUUUAUGGGUUUAACAAUAAAACUUGACUUUUAAUAUAUUUAACUUGGCUUUUAAUAUACCUAAAAUAAAACCUUACAACAAGAAAUAUUAAAAUAGGAUAAGCAGUCCUACUCCUGUCUGUUGUAUGCCAGUAUAGAGUUAAGGAUGAUUAAACGGUCAUGAAUAUUUUAAACAAUGUAAAUCAAUGUAACUCCCGAAGAUAGCCAGUAGGUGGCCCUAGAGUGCAUCCUAAAGUCUAAUGAAGCAGAUAGACUUUAAUUUUGUGAGACAGGUAUGUGGGUAGGCGGGGACAAUAGAGCAGGGGGAGUGCAAAUACCAGCUAUACCAGUUUUAGCUUGGGAGGAAGAGUAGGGGGUUGGGAAUCAGAUGCAAGGGGGGUGUCCAAAUUAGGUGGAAUUAAGGCCUUAGUGGACAAACAGGUUCUGGCUACCAUGGACUCCAUUGUUCCUCUUAGCACAGCUUGAUCCAUUUAGCAGUGUUUCAACAAUCUGUAUACAGAAACUACUCGUAUAGCCCCAGCAUAUUAUUUAUAACAAUGUAAACCUGCUGUAUUAAAUCUGGAUCAAGGAUCCACAGGAACACUGGUUACCAGAACAGGCCGUCCUCUGCUACACAGAGUAUUUUAAUCUUUUGGGGGACAGUGUUACACCAUAAUCACAAACAGCAUAUCCCUUAGAAUUUUUUUUUUUUUUUAAACAUACAAGACAAAGGACCGUUUGUCAAUCAGAAGCACCCAUGAUUUCAACAGAGUGUCUGAUUCAAAGCAAUACAAAUACACAAACCGUUUCAACAGUCACACCAGUUACCUUAGCAAUAGCACCACGCGGCACGGUUACUAGGCCCAAACAUACACGUACACACACGCACAGGAUCCUCUCACGCUCAACAAUAUCACAACGUCGCACACACAAAAUUAAAUCAAAAACCCACCAAAGAUUAUCAAUGUAACUUUUAUUCAAACCAUACCAUUAUCCACACUAUUAAUCCACAUAAACUAACUGAUCACAUAACAUUUCAACAAUUUCGUCUCUACAGUCAGUGGUUAUGGUAUGGUUAGUAACUAUUGCACAGUUAGAUAAUUAUGGUGUUAGAGUUACAAUACCAAUUAGUAAUAGUUAAGGUGUUACACAUACAAUGUCAAACAGUAAUUUUAGUGUUGUUAAUGGAAUGUCAGGUAUUAUGAAGUAGUUAUGGUAUUUUGAAGUUGUUCUGGUAGUUUGAAGUGGUUAUGGUAUGAUGUAGUUGUUAUGGUAUUAUGUAGUGGUUAUGGUAAUAUGAAGUAGUUAUGGUAUUAUGAAGUGGUUAUGGUAUUUUGAAGUAUUAUGGUGUUGUGCACAAUUUUACACUAUGCACACUUUUUACAAGUCUGCUAAACGGCAGAGCUCAAGCUUUCUAGCAGGACAUACAUUUCACCAAUUACAACGUAUUUUACAACUUUUACAGCAAACCCAACUAUUCUACCUGGCCAGCUCCUUGAAAGCUACUGAACGGAAUAUACACCAAAAUUCGGUUAGUUUACGCUGCCCAGGCACCAAGUUUGAGAUCUAGCAGAUCUAGUUCCUCUUUCAAUAAGCUAGUGACCACAUUUACACCAAAAAUCACUUAGUCUCCCCGGUAUCCUUGAUCUAAGGACCGAAUUUACAACAAGAUUCCACUUAGUCUGCCAGGAUACCGGUGUCUGGCUAAACAUAUAUAUACCCAAAUUCAGUCUGACUACAAUCCUCCUAUAUUAAACAGGCUGGCUACAGGGCGUUUAAUUUCAAAUAAGCAUUGCACUGAACUUGUGUUCAAAAGGUAUGAGCCCAGAGCAUAGUUUGCACAGGCUAUUUAUUAACAAUAACUCCUCCCAUUCAUAGCUCCACUCACACAUACCCUUAGACCAAUCAGUGAACAGGAUAUUCAGGAUUACCUAAUAUGGGCAGACCGUAUGACUCCUUUUAAGGACAAAGGAAUGUGACUACAGUUGAUGCACAUGCUCAGUACAUUAAUGACAGUAUCUUAGCUACAUGUAACUAACUAACAGAUACAGCAAACACCUGUACUUGUAUAUGCCACAUGGAGAUUUCAGGCCUACUAAAUUUUGAACCAUGUUGAAAUUCCAUCACAGGAAGAUUCUAUUAACUGUACUCUACAAUAUUAGUUUUGACUUUAAUCGUGGUACUUAAAGAAUUUAUCAAGUCACUAUUAUUAAAUAAGAAUGCACUAAUAUACGUAACUUGGGUUCCUGGAAAAAAGGUCAAAAGCAACUCUAAGCACCAUAACUAAUACAUAAAUUUAAGGAGGGACAAGGAGCUAGACUUUGGGUGCUGGGAGAGCCCUAGUUUUUGUAUAAACCAAUAGAACGCUUUUGAAAAAAGCAGAAUGAUGGCACCCAAGGAAUCUUGUACAGUGCUGAUUGUGUCCCUUUAACAAAUAAUUUUUAUCACCAAGAAAAAAGAAGAAAAAAGAAGAUCUUCUAUUAUUUAUUAGUAUUUCUAUAUUAUUGCUGCAAUAUCUGUGUCCUAUAUUAAAGUCUAUAAAAUGGAAAUAAAAAUCUUCACUAAAAGAGACCAGUAUCUUUUGGUAAAAUAUCUAAUGACCUUGAACCUUUAUUCCUAAUGAGCAUAUCUUUACUGAGACCUCUUUAUCAUUCAAAGAAAUCAUGAUAAAUAACACCAUGUACUAUAUUGUAAAUUAAAUAUUGUAAAUAUUGUAAAUUAAUAUUUAUACGGCUUUUAAAAUGGAUCUCAAUUUAUAUUUUUAGAGAGAAAUAUAUGGAAUACUUUGAAUCCCGAGACCUGAAGGCCUUUUCAGCAGAACCAUUGCUUGUAUACCCAACGCAUUAUACAGGCCAACCGGGGUAUUUUAGUGAUACUGAAACCUCCACUAUCUGGGACAAUGAUACCCUUAUUACAGAUUGGGACAGGAGAUACUCAGGAAAAACAAGACAGCAAGACCAGAUACACAGCGAUGCACAAAACACGGACGCAUUGCCGCCACAGACAACCCUCGACACAUCCUCUCGUGAUGAACUAUGAUUUAUGCUUAUGAAUUGUACAAAUUGUACUUAGAUUUUGUAUAGAAUUUUUUUUUUACUGUCAAGUUUCUAGUAUAAUAAAUGACAGACUUUUAUAGAAAUAAAAUCUGUGUAAAGAAAACACAAUAUGUUAAGUUUACAUCUUAAACAACCAAUGCCCAAAUGCCAUUUACCAUAUACAUACAUUGAGCGAAAGUUUCUGUAAAAUACUAUUUAUGUGUAUGUUAUCAAAAUAAUAUAUAUUUUUAUGAAGGCAAAUUUGUUGGGGCGUUUGGUAAUUAAAAGCAUUAAUAUGUGUUUUUCUUUUCUUUUCAAACUGGUGAAAUAAUAAUAAGGACUUGCGUACAAAAUUUUGUUCCUGUCUUGGCAAAUCUGUAUGCAGAUUUUAGUUAUUUAAAUGCAUAAUGUAUAGCUUUUUUACAUUCAUAAGUCAUUGAGAAAUGGAUUAUAAAAAAGAAAACAGAAUUCAUUAAAAUUAUUUUGGUUACUGAAAUCCUGAUAUGAGUUUGUUCAUGUUUAAUUCUAUUUUAGAACAUAAAUCUUGACAACAUUAACUGUUAACUAUGCAUUACCCAAUUAUUCACUAUCCAGUUUUCCUUUCCAGAAAUGAUUAUUUAUAAAGAUACAAGCCAUUUUAAAAGAAUGUUCUGUAGCAACAUUGCAUCAAUGCAAAGUUAUGGUGCAAGAAACAUAGAGUGUGACAGCAGAUAAGACCCCUUUGGCCUGUCUAGUCCGCCCAAUUUUCUAAAUACUUUUAUUAGUCCCUGGCCUUAUCUUGUAUCUAGGAUAGCUUUACUGUGUUAACCUCUACCACUUCAGCUGAUAUUAUUCAAACCUUUGCCCCUCUAAUUUAAGACUAUGUCCUCUUGUUGUGGUAUGUUUUCUUCUUGAAGAAGAGGUAACUGUCUCUAUGUCCAGAGUGGCUUAUAAGUGGCAAUAAUUUGUAAAGACUGCAUGAAAAAGACCAAAAAGUAUCAAAAAAGAAAGAAAACUACACUUUAAGGUACAUUCGUCGAUGCACAAACAGUAGAGCCUAGUAUCUAGAAAAGGAGUGGUAAUACAAACAUUUCAAAGAAAGCACAAGGGUGUAUUCACCUGCUAACACUGCUUAACAGUAAAGGUGUGUUCUUAAGGAAGGCUGUCCAUAGCUUGACAGUCUGUUAAAACAUAUCAUUUAUUUUAUUUUCAAAUUUGUUAAGAAAAUAUAUUUUGUGAUACAGCAUAAAGCAAGUCCUUCUUUUAUUACAGAUUUCAGUUUACAAUAUAGAGAAGUCUGUAAUAUUGUUAAGAAGUAUUUACCAGUCUUAGUCAUUGAUCAACGAAAGUAGCAUAUUGCUCGUUCUGGAACACCUACAGUAUAUGUACAGUAUCCAGACGAGCCUCUAUUAUGUUAUCUCCUUGUUUAAUUACUUUGAAUUUUGUUCAAAAACCCACUUGGCUUUGUAAUGUGGGGAUUUUCAAGUCUUGAGCCUUUAGGUGCAGAGCUUGCUCUGUGAUAAAACUUAAUACAUUUAACUGUUCAAUUACUAAUGAGAAUGAUCAAAUCAGGCAAUAUAUUAAUUGUAAAACUGCUUUUGCGGGCUGUUUAGUAACGUGUCAGACCUGUUCCAUAUAAUAUGUUGACGAUUGAAAAAUAGAGUAUGUGAACACAUAAAAGCCAUUGAACUAAAUGAUGUGAAUUAUCCUGUAGCACAUCACUUUCUCACAUUUAAUAAUUUGUGUUUUUCACAACGGUCAGUGCAGGAUAUUGAUAGGAUCAUCAAACCACAUAGGGCUACGGUCUGAGUUGGCCCAUUGUAAGAGCAAGUGGAUCUGUAAACAUCACGCUCGUAGACCAAAUUAUUUUAGAUUUUUACACCUCAACUAUGUACACAAGGAAUGAAUAAUGAAACACUAAAAGAUUGACCAAUUAAAUAAAUUGAUCGAAAAAAGAAACAAUAUCACUUAUAAAACAACAUCAAUAAGCUUAAUUUAUUAAAAUAUGAAUUAUGAUUUAAUUCAUUUCCAUAAAAUUUACACUACUGGUUUACUGGAUUAGUCCUAAAGGACAAAAAAAAAUGUUCUUUCAGUCUUCUAGACUUUGAUGUGUACAAUUGUCGUUUGUCUUGUAACAACUUCUAUCCUUUUUUGGAUUGCUAAAUUUAACUUACUGCUUAAUUGAUAUUUCACUUUCCUGUUACUAACUUUCAACUUAAUGUAUACAUUUCUCCAUGCAGGCAUUUUCUGACACUUGAUUUGUUUAUAUCAUAUAUAUCUAUGUAUUUUUAUUUCACAUUUUCACAGUAUUUUAGUUCUAUUUUUUAUUUUCUAUACUUUUUUUCACCAGGUUGAUAUGUUUAUGGCAGUUUUUUUCCUCUCCUCCUCAAAAAGCUCUCCAUUGCUUUAAGGGUUUAAAUUUCACAACAGCAUGUCAGCAUUUUGUACCUAAGAUUAAGUGCCACGUCGCACAAAAUGCGUUUAAUAAUUGCUAUGGGGAUAUUGCAUAUUUUUAUUUUCUCUUUUUUUUGUUAAAAGCUGCAAGAUUGUUGUGUUAUGAAAUAUCAUUUUUUUUUUUUACAAAUUUGAAAAUAAAUGCUAUGUUUUAAUGGAU